GAUUUGCAUAUCCGGCGGGCACGCCCCCCCCUGCUGGAGGUAUCCAGGAAGGAGAGGUGGCGGCGGCGCCGGCGCAAGGAGGAGCUGGGGCGCGUCGGGGGACAUUGCACGGUAAGGCUCAGCCUGGCUUCUCUGCACGCGGCCCUCCCCCCCCCCCGGUGAGCUGGGGGCCUGGGCGGGGGGACGGGGCCGAGGCGGCAAAGAAAGCGGGGCGGGGACGCCAGGUAAAGGGGGGGUGCUUUCCGGGGUGGGGAAGAGGGAGAAGCUCCCUUGGACUGGCGUUGGGUGGAGUUGAGGCUUGGACUCCAUGCUGGAAGGUGAGCAAAUAGGAGACUGCUCUGAGCUUUGUCAUGGAUCCUGGAAAGAAAGGGCAAGGCUGGUCGGGGAGUGCCUUGCAGGGCGGGCGUCGGAGGGAUUCUUUGGUAUGAUGGUUAGGGGGCGUGAAAGCUGGCCGGGGGUGUUGCAUUGGGUUGGUGGAAGGGUGCCCUCGAUGGGCUGAGAAAACGUGUAGGGGGGCAUCACUUUGGGUGCGCUUGGCCUUGAGAAUUAUGUGGGGUCUUUUUCUGGUGUCUGCCAGAAGUGUGGGGAGGAGGGUCUUUGUGGGUAGUAGAUGAAGUUUGGACUUUACCUGGCCCAGUUAGUUGUGGAUUGUUUUUUUUUGGGGGGGGGUUGCCAGCAUUGAGAUCUGGCCCUGGGGAGGCAGGUAACUGGUUUUUGUUUUUCGUUUUGAAUUUUCGCCGGUGAAGCAAGCAGUAAGUUGUUAGGACUCCUGUUGUUCUUCCGAUGCCCCUGGUCAGCAUUGCCUUGCUAUGUCGGUUGUUGGCUGGAGGUAUUUCAGAAAGGUUUGCUUUUGUUCAAGUACUUGAUACUUUUUUGGCAGGCUGUGCUGUUUGCACAGGUGCUCUGGGACUACAGUAUGGCAAGCUGGCAAACCUCUGUGAGGGGGCUUGAUUUCCCCUCUGACUAUUGUUGAUUCCAGGUGGCUUUUUAUUUCUUUGGUAGCAGGUCAAGACGAAUCUUGCUCGUCAUUUCCUUUUCUUUGAAGGUCAAUAUGUCGCUGUUGACUGAAAUUUAGUAUAAUAAGCUCUAGGAGGUAUCGGCCAGUAAUUGCCAUCUUGGUGCCUGUUAGUUGUCUGAACCACUCCAUUAGCCUAUAUAGGAUCAGUACUCAGUGGGGAAAUGUGUCCCUCUGAUGUGUUGGACUCUGACAUAUCAGCCCCAAGCAUAAUCAGUGGUUAGGGAGGAUGUGAGUUGGAGUCCAACAGGGUUUGAUGGACCACAUGCUCUCUAUCCCUGGCAUAGGCCAAAGGUUGGCUCUGGGAUUUCACUGAGGAAAUCCAAGAUGGCAGAUCCUCUCUUACAGAGCAAUGUGGUAUGUGUGCUUUGGGGCAUUUGGCGUUAGCCUUGGGCAAGUAUGAUAAUAUCAGCCCGCAUUGAUGGAAACCUGCCCUUCAUUGUGUUAGAUAACUGUUUGUGGUACUGAAAUUACCACAUGAACUGAGCCAAAUUUUCCCUUUGUUCCCCAAACACUGCUGACGUCUGAGGUAAUGAAUGCCCCUACAGAUAAGCUUGAGGCAAACUGAAAUCUCCAUGCAGUCUUUAGCAAUAUGAGUGGACACCACACCCUAACUAGUAAAGGUAUUUGUCAAGUAUCACAACUGAGAAUAGCCUUGUUGUGUUCUCCAAAGGCCAGGCACAUAAGUAACAGAUCAGUUUAGGCUUCUAUAGCUGAGAAACUCCCUUCCUGCCCUAUUCCCCCUCCCAGUUUAAUUUGGACUCCAUGUGUAGCUUCUAAGACAAGCUGGUCUCUUCAAACAAUGAAGGCUUGCUAGUUGUUCAACCUGAAAUAGUAACUGCUUUGGAGGCUGGGAAAACUUACCGGGUCUCAUUAAAUCUGACUUGUUUGAGUGGAAAUUGGAGCCCUUUGAAAUAAUUUCAUUGUUAAAUGAAUCUCUUUGAGGUUGCCUUAUUAAUGGUCUUUCAACAGGUUUUCAUUCCAAGCUCAGACAAUGGUGUAUUAUUGCUGAAGUGAAACAUGUCAUCUUUUUCUUGGAGGUGGGUCAGGUGACCCUGUAGGUGUUCAUGCCUAUUGUAUUGGAAAGACUGGAACCUGAAACUGGAACCUGGGGGUGGUUCCUUGAAGUUACUUGUCUGCUGUUCAUGGUUGAAAUUUGUGUUAAUAUUCAGAGUCUAGAGUCACCUAUACAGCAUAAUGUUUCAUGAGGAGCAGCAAGUUUGAGCUGUUAAAGCGGUUUACAUUUUCAAGGUCUGUGUAGGAAGCAAGGGUGUACUAUGUAUUGUUGAAGCUUCUGUUAAAAUAUAUUUUGCCACAGGUGUGCUCAAGCUGCAGCUGGUCAAGCAGCUGCUGCCUAAUAUUACAUUUAAUAUGUGGGUUUCAUCUUAAAUGAGAACUUGUAGUCCAGAGUGUGCACAAUUUUAAUAAUGUUUAUUCUGCUCCUAUGUGAUCUUCUGUGUGGUUUAUUGUUGAGGUCUGUUCCUGCUUUGCUGCGGCAUCAGGUGUUCCCAGACCAUCCCUGGUUCCCUUGAGCGUACGCAAUUACAAUAAUGGGAUUGCUUUCUGAGUAAACAUGUUUAGGGUCUGUGUAGUAGGGUAUACUUCCAGAUGGAAAAAUCAGCAAUUAUUGCACUUGACAAACCUGUAGGAUGAAUGACAACUAGUAUUGGUAUACAACCAAAUGUAAACAGAGAGCCGCUUUUUACAGUCUUUCAGCAGAGUUGGGGAACUUCACUUGUAACUUCCGUCAUCCUGACCAUUGACCAUGCUGACGGGGGCUGAUGGUAGGUUGAGAAACAUCUGGAAAGCUGCAUCCCUGACUUACAGGCAUUAAUAUAUGGUAUAAUAGCAAUGGAAACUAGUUGCCAUUGCUUCAUCAGAGGCGUGUGAGCAGCUUUCGGUCACAGAAGACUCCAUGUACUAUCACACUUAAAAAUAUCUCUGACUCUUCCCUAUGCAAAUACUUCUCACAGGAAUUAACACCGAAGCUGCCUCACUGGAGCAUAUAGUAUAUUUUAAAAUUGUCAUUCUGAAGAUUAUGGUUAACGAGUUUGUCCCAAACGGACAAUCUUUUUCCAAGUAAGUUGGGUGAUUAAAAGGAAAGAUAGCCCUACCUCCUUUUGCAAGAUUAUGGGAACAUUUUUGUGUGAUAUGUGGUAUUUUCUAUCUCUAAUAUGAAUCAACUAUCAUGGAAUGUCAUUGCCAUGUACAGCAUCAAAUAAAGUGGAAAAUACUGGCUAUUACAUCACUCAAAAGAUUAAUUAAGUGAUCUUAAGAAUGUUCACUGCCACUGUUGCCUUUUUCAUUUAUAUUCUCUGCAGUAACUUAAGCGUGGUAUAACUUCCAUAGUUUAAAUGUGGUAUUGUGGAAUUAUCUACAGUGUGAUUUUUACUGCUGACUUAUAUAGCUCAACUAUGAAUUGAGAAGUUAGCUUCUGGCAAUAAAAUGACUUGGUGGUGCAUGUAUAGUAAUAAAUUUAGUAAGCAACACAAUGUUUUUAUUGCUGUUGUUUUUUUGGGCUAAUCUUGCUUCUGUAUGGAAUGCAGAUGUGCUUCAGUGGUAUGCCCUGCUGCAGAGAUGGGAAAUCUGUAGCCCUCUAGAUGUUAAUGGAAUACAACUCUUAUCAUUAUGACCAUGCUGGUUGAGACUGAUGGGAGCUGAAGUACAACAUCUGGUCAUCUUGCUCUGAGGGUUGUAAAUAAGGUGGCUUGUGUGAACUCCAAAUGCUGCUGUUCGCUUGCACAACCGACUUCUUCUUGUGCAAUGGAAUGUCCCUUUCCUCUGCUGUCGCCUGCAGGCCUCUCCCACACCCACAAAAUCUGCUUCAGAGUGUCAAGCGUCCCUCUGGAUCAGUUUUGGGAAGCAUGCAGAGAGAAGAAAGGGGAAGCUCUAUUGUGGGAGUGGAAUGCUGUUCAUGCAGCGCUGGAUAUUCUGGAUCAGGCAUAGGCCAACUCGGCCCUCCAGAUGUUUUGGGACUACAACUCCCAUCAUCCCUAGCUAACAGGACCAGUGGUCAGGGAUGGUGGGAGUUGUAGUCCCAAAACAUCUGGAGGGCUGAGUUUGCCUAUGCCUGUUCUGGAUCCUGUCCUAUGACCUGGCUAUCUUCUUGGCUGUUUAGUUUGUCACCUUUGCAGCAAGGUGAAUGCUCUGUCUGACUGAGGCUAUGUUGAUAAUUUGAGUUAAUCUGAAAUAUUGCUGCUUUGUGGUUAGUUGGUCUCCUAUAAAAUUUGCGUUUAGCCGUGUGUCAUUUCCCCAUAUCUUACAUCUGAUCUCUUCAGGUCUCACAAUACAGAUUUAAAAUUCAAGGGUCACCUGUAAAAGGGAAAGAAACCCUGUGUUGAUUGUGCAUCUUCUAACUCAGUCCUAAAAAGGCUUACUCAAUAAGAAAAUCCCACCAGGUUUGGAACUUGCCUUCUGGACAUUCCAUAUUUAGAAUUGCAAGCCUUAUUCCUCAUAGCAGUGAAUGGAAACCCUCUCUGUGCUGUAGAACAUACACCAAAUGUUUUCAGAUAUGAUCAGGGCUUUUUUUCAGCUGGAACUAGCUGGAACUCAGUUCUGACACCUCUCAGGUGGGUGCCAUUAUAAGAGAACAAGGGAGGCGUUCAUGGUGAGUUUUGGCAGCUCUUUUUCUAGAAAAAUAGUGCUGGGUUUGAUGCUUUUCAGUGUUCCUUCCUGAUUAUGUAUAGGCAUAUGAUUAUAAUUUUAAAUGUGAUUUUGCCUAGUUUUCUCAAAAUUAACUAAAGUGGAAACAAAUUUUGGAGAGUUCUCAAGUAUGCAUGGAUAAACCCACUUUUCAAAAGCUGCUCUGAGUUCCUGAAGACUUGUCACUGCAACAUUUUAUUCAAACAUUCUGUUUAAAUUCUACUUGGAAUAAUUGGCUUAACUUGUCACCUUGUCAUUCUGCAUUAAUUUCUCUGACUUUUUGCCAGCUGCACACAUCUCUGUUCUUUUCAGAUUUGAUUUUGGGCUCUUUAGUUUAGAGGCAGGAAACUUGUUAACUGCAAUACCUCAGGAUCAGAGGUUUGUUAAGAGGCUACAAAAUAUGUAGUAUUUUAGUUCUGUCACUGCAGGGGAGUUCAGUGAUGACAUUUUAAAUAAUAUUCACAGGUCUUCCUUAAUGGCCAGAAGUAAGUCUGGUGGGUUGGGGAUGGCACAGAACAAAAGUCUUAAACAUGCAGAUUACCCUUCCAUUUAAGACAGGAUAAACCACUUCCUAACUGAAGAGUCUUGCAUAUUGUAUCAAUCAGAGACCUGUUUUAAUGAAAGUGAUAGGAUAACAACAUUUGCUCUUGUUAUGAGAACCAUAACUGUCAACCUUCCCUUUUUUUGUGGGAAAUUCCCUUAUUCCAUCACUGUUUCCUGCUGCUUCCUGCUGCUAUCCCGGAUUGAUAGAUAUCCCGUAGACUGUCCCCGGGACAGGUGAGGCUGCUGAUCCCUUAUUUUCAAAUCUGAAAGUUGCCUGCUAUGAUGAGAUCUGAUUAACACAUUUUCUGGUCUUGUUGAAUAGGUCUGUUGUAAGCCUGCAUUGCUUACUGAAUACCAUAGCUGCAGGGAGGGGCAUAAGUCUCUCUCUUGAUCACUUGUCAAGCCUGUAUCUCUGCUACCAGCAGCUGGGCUACUCAACAUACAUGGCUGACUGAGUGCUUCAUAUUCUGGGCGCCAUAAUGGAAUUUCUUAUGCAUCUGUGGCCCAAACCAGGCAUAUUCUACUUUAUCUUUUCCCUUUCCGCCUAAUCCUCUGAUUGAGAGCAGGGCUGCGUGGGAAAGGAGUUUGUUGGGGAUGCAGAAAUGGUGGAAAGGGGUAAUUGGCUCCUUUUCCUGCUGCUCUUCAAUUUCUGAUGGCAACCUCAGUUGCUGCUGUUGUUUUUAAAGGAACCCACAACUAUGCAACAUGUAAUUUGGCCCUGAGAUAUACCUGGCACCUUGGCUUCAUUUCCUUCAUUUUAGUACUGUCAUGGUAAAAAAACACCCUAGCAAAUACACCUGAAUCUUAUAGACCAAUCUUAUAGACCAACCAUGUGGACCAAAAUGAAAAGAGCAUCUUUGCAAUCUGAUGGGUUACUAUUCUUCCUAUAACUUUCCUGUUGUUUAGAUUUUUGGAGACAGCAUUUAUCGAAAGUUACUUUAAGAGAAAGAGAGAGAGAGAGAAAGAAAGAAAGAAGCAUGCCAUGAUGUAUGCAUGUCUGUCUGUCUCUUUUUUUCAUACACACUGAACCACUGCUGUUGACUGUCUUUAUAACUUGUCACGUGGCUGACAAUAGCCAGUAAGAAGAGGGCCAGGGUUGUUCAAUCAUAGGAUUAUUUUCCAAAUUAAACCUUUAGAAGUAAUGUACUUAAAUUGUUGAAGUUGGCUGAGCUUAAUCAUCAUCCCUAAUGUUCUACGUCCCUUUAAUCAAAACAGCCUUGAAAACACUCACAUCUUUAUAUCCUUCUAAGAGGCCUCAGAGGGGAAAAAACCACUUGAACAUACUUGUUCUGUGAUGGGGUACUCCUCUUUCAUCCAUUUGAGUCAGCAGUGUGAAAUUAUACAUUUCUCAAAACCUAUUGGCCACUUCAGCUGUGUCAAGUAAGUAUUUGGCAGCUUUGCAGUACUUUGGAUGCUUAUGCCACUGCCACAAAAGAUUUUCACGGAUAAAAUUAUGCAUCCUUUGAAGAAAGUGGGUAGAGGGGGAGUUUUCACACACCCCCGCUCCAUCUCUCUUAGCACUAGAACCCAGGGUCAUCUAUUUAUGCUAAAUAUUGGAAGAUUCAGGUAAGAGCAUAUUAAAUGAUGGUGGCCACUCCCACAUUAUAUAAUGGUGGCCACCAACUGUGAUGGCUUCAGAAAGAACCAACAGAUGAAUUCAUGGAAGACCAGGUUACCAAUGGCUAUUUGUCAUGAUGGCUGUGUGGUGCCUUUUACAUCAGAAGCACUACUUCUCUGAGUGCCAGUUGCUGGGGAUCAUGGAAUCGUAGAAUUGUUGAGUUGGAAGGGACCCUGAGGAUCAUCCAGUCCAACCCCUGGCAAUGCAGGAAUAUGUAUAUGUCCCAUAUGGGGAUCGAACCUAUGACCGUGGUGUUACCAGCACCAUGCUCUAACCAGCUGAGUUAUCCAUGAGCCAGGAUAGUGCUCUUACACUCAUAUCCUGCUUGUGAGGUUCCCAGGGGCAUCUGGUUGACUGCUACUAGAACAGAAGGAUGCAGCAGUCAAUCUUUUGGUCUUAUGUAUCAGGACCCUUUAUAUGUUCUCCAUUUGCUUGGAGCAGGGCUGUGAAAAGCAUAACAAAAGUUGCAAUAUACAGACCGCUAAUUGGCACUGCACAACUGGUUAAAAUGUCAACCUAGGGCAAACUCCUGAAGGUCAAUUGUGUUAGCAUGGUGCAUUAAAAAUUACCUUGGACUCGCCAAAGCUUAUGCACAGUAACUGUGUUAUCUUCAAGGUGCUACAGCACUCUUGAUGUUUCAGCCCAGUAUUUUAAAGGUCUUCUGCGAAUCUGCCAGGUAGUGCAUUUGCAAAUUGUCUGAGACCCCCUUCUGUGUUUCCUCACCUUAGGAGAUGAGGUAGAUGGUAAAAGGUGAGAGGGCCUUCUUGGUAAUGGUGGUCUGGGUCCAGAAUAUGCUCUGCAGGUGAGGCUGAUGUCUUUUCCAGCAGCAUUGGCCCAUGAGGCGCUAGAGUGAAUGUGCCUCCUCAGCUUCCACAUUGAGAGCAGAGGCAGUUUUACACUGCACUCCGCCAGCUGGGGCCAAUGCAACUUGUUUCAACAUCAUAGUGGAUCACAAAACCACGAUGUUUGGCUGGUGAUACAUCAGUGUUGAAAACCUAACAUCGUCCAGCCCUAAUGCUGAGGAUGGUUGUGACCAGUGAAGAAAUUUGUCUCAAAGGCUGUUCUAUAAGCUUUAUUGUUCAAACUGUGUGUGCCCUGAAUUGUGCUCUGUGGAAUUGAGGAAGCAAAGAAAUUGGUUGGGAUCCAGUAUGUUGGGGUUUCUCCACCACUGAAGACUUUUCCAAAAUGUAUAUGUUGUUUUCUAUGCGUUGGUUUCAUCCUCAGUCCAUCACAGCCCUAUUCCAUCCACAGCUGAUGAAGAAAUAGAAGUUGAUUUUGUGGAUAUUGUGUGUAUUGUAUCAUCAAUGUUUGUAAAAAUCGUUUUAAGUCAAAAGGAAGUCAAAAAGGGCGCAGUCUUCUGCAUGAACUUUCAGUUUUGUAGUUGGGUGUAUUGGAGGGUAAAUCAUUUCCCAAGACUGGAACAAGAAAUCUAGUCGUUCGUUCAUUUUAGCAUUAUGUUGAAAGCAUCGCAUUUCUCUCCUGUCUGUUUGCGACAAUGGAGGUUAAGUGUAAUUUGACCACAUAAACCACAUUUAUGAGCAUCUUACUUUAUUUACUACUUCCUUCCCUCUUUUCCUCUCUCUGUUGUUUUCCUCCUUGCAAAAGUUUCCAUGGCAGACAACUGGGCACUCUUUCCUUCACACCUUUUUUGCUAAUUGUCUUUACCAAGCGCUCCUUGCCCUGUCAAAUUAAUGCACCAGAUAGUUGCAGUUUUUGCUCCUGUUGGUAUCUCAAUACUCAGAGGCUAAGAAGCCACAAAAUGGGUUGUGAAGUCUGUGAAAUAAUUUGCUCAAGGCCUGAGGGUUACUUUCCUGAAGUGGAAAGUACGUACAACUCCCAGCUUGGAGGAUGUGGAAAGUGAAAAGAACUCAUGAAAAUUAUACCAUACAUUUCUGCCAAGUGGCAUCCAGGUGGUUGGUUUUUCAAGCAGCAUUGGGCUAUUGUUGAGGGACAUAUUGAAUAGUCAUGCCUGAUACUGCAUUCUGUAGCAAUUGGUUGCUGCCAGACUUAUAUGGGUCAGUAUGUGCAAGGCAGUAUCAGAAACAAAGUUGAUGUCAUGCUUAGUCUCCAUGCUAGGAAGUGCUCCCUCUUCCAUGAGGCAUUUCAUUUUCUUUUGCUGGAAGAGCUGCCAUUUUGAAAGCAGCCUUGGAAAUUAUCAAAUGGAUUGCUUAUGGGCGGCAUCCCAGUGUCUGAAUAUUUGGAUUGUUGGUUGGUUAUACAUGGGAAAGGUUAUGAUGAAAUAGUUACUUGCCCAAGAUGAGAUCUUUAUGGCUGAGGUAGCAUCUAACUUGGGUUUCCCAAGUCCUAGUCUGACAUAUUAACCAUUAGAGCUUGCUAGAUAGGUGAUCGUUUUCACUCCCAUCUGCUGAAUGGUCCUGCUUUGAUGCCUACCCGCGAGCAUAUCUGUCACAUGCUUCUACAAAAGAAGUCUUCUAAAUUAGGGAUGGGAAACCUGUGGACCUGCAGAUAUUGGUGGACUCAACUUCCAGCAGCUCCAUGGCCAGUGGUGAAAGUUGUCAUCCAACAAGAUCUGGAAAGCCAUAAGUUCUUCCUCCCUAUCCUAAAUUCUUCUGUCACAGUAAAAUGUGUGAAUGUACUGUUCUUUCCAUAGAUAAGUAUGGAGUAUUGGGUGUUAAUAAUUUAGGAGAAGAAAGCUUACUCGGUCUCUAUUCACUAAACUGGUGCACAUCGGCUGCACACCCUAACGCCAAUGCUUGUAUAUGGAGACGUUGAAGAAUUUGUUACAAGAAGGGGGAAUAGAUCCAGUUGUAUUCAGUUUUACUAAUUUGUUCUUCUUUUUUUGUACAGUCUGGAGCAGCCUUUCUCAACCUUGGGUCCCCAGAUGUUUUUGGACUACAACUCCCAUCUCCCUGACUACUGGUCCUGCUAGCAAGGAGUGAAGGGAGUUAUAGUUCAACAACGUCAGGGGACCUAAGGUUCAGAAAGGCUGGUCUAGAAGGUAAGAAGUGCAGCUGUGUGGCAAAUACUGAAUUAGCUGGAAUUGGUAGUUUUCUACAUGGGAAGCUGCCUGUGUAUCAAAUCAGAUCGUUGGUCUAUCUAACUCAGUAUCGUCUACUGAUUUGCAGCAGCUCUUCACGGUUUCAGGCACAAAUCUUUCCCAACCAUACCUGGAGAUGCCAGGAAUUAAACGUUGGACCCCUUUCCGUGCUACUGAACUGCAUCCCUUCUGCUACAGCUCAUGCUAGUUGGGUGUAAAAUAUGUUCACCUUGUAACUUCUGUCCCUUAAUUUGGCUGUCUAUCCUUCACUCUUAUGUGGUGGCAAAACUCAUAAGGGAAUAGUUUGAUUUAUGACAUGCAGGGGGGGCAACCUCAUUACUGGUUGGAAUGCAGAGAGAAUGAGCCCACUUGUUUAUAUAAGCAUAAAGUAAUAGAAACAUCCCCAGCUGCUAAGACCUUUGCUGUAGUCCAAGAAUUUCAUAUUGGAGUGUGUGUGAUGAGUGGCCUCCCCAGGGUAGCGACCUUUAUCGUGCCCCUCAGUAGAAAACAGCAGUAAAUUGUUUGCUUGCUGCUUCUAAGUUAUACUAUAAGUAAUUUGGUUACGUUUGCAAAUAUAUGGGACUCAUUUCUAAAACUGAACAUUUCAUGCUUGGUAGAAUACUGUGCUGAUUUAUGAGAAUCCUUGUAUUUUCAAAUUGCCCUGUUUGGCUAAAUUACCUGGUACCAAAGCAGCAUACUGAGAGGCAACUUAACUUGUUCUUGCUUUAAGCCUUUAUGGUCUACCUUUCCACUCAAAAUUCAAAAGGGUCUUACAGUCUAAAGUUGAACAACUGUUAGAUGCAUCUGCAGGGGUAAAGCUGAAAUUCUUACCUGUGGUCUGCCACUGACUACUGUUCCAGUUGAUUUGCUCCUUGGCAGACCACCUUAAUUUCUUACGUUAUUGCUUUUAUGUGUGUGGGGUGGUGUUUGUGCUUUUGUCCUGUAUUUUUGUAUUGUGAACAGUCCUGAGAUCUUCAGAUGAAGGGUGAUAUAAAUUCAAUAAAUAAUAAAGCAAUAAUAAUGAGGGUCCUUGUGGGACGUGGGUGGCACUGUGGGUUAAACCACAGAGCCUAGGACUUAACGAUCAGAACGUCGGCGGUUCGAAUCCCCGCGACGGGGUGAGCUCCCGUUGCUCGGUCCCUGCUCCUGCCAGCCUAGCAGUUCGAAAGCACGUCAAAGUGCAAAUAGAUAAAUAGGUACUGCUAUGGCAGGAAGGUAAAUGGAGUUUCCGUGCGCUGCUCUGGUUCGCCAGAAGCUUCUGGCCACAUGACCCUUCUGGCCACAUGACCCGGAAGCUGUACACCGGCUCCCUCGGCCAAUAAAGCGAGAUGAGCGCCGCAACCCCAGAGUCGGUCACAACUGGACCUAAUGGUCAGGGGUCCCUUUACCUUUACCUUUUAAUUAGGGUCCUAGGUUCAGGUCCCAGUUAAUGACAUGGCUGUCCAGACUGAGAUCUCUUCUCAGUCAGGGUAGGUGAGACUGGGUGAGAGGGACUGAUAAUCUGACUCUCAUUAGAAAGCAGCUUUGUAUGUUCCGCAUUAAAAAACCCAAACCCUCCUAAGUUCAUAUCCAAUGGUUAUUAGUAAUAAUGGCUAUGUUCUCCUCCUAUUUUUGGAAACUGUAUGCUUCUGAAUACCACUUGCUGACACCGCAGAAUGGGGGAGAGUACUGUUGUGCCUCAAGUCCUCCUUGUCUGGUUCCCAUAAGGUAUCAGGUUGUCGGCCACUCUAAAAACAGGCUGCUGGACUAGAUGGGCCACUGGCCCAAUUCAGCAGUGUCUUUUUCAUGUUCUCACUUCAGCCUAAAGAACACAUAUGUGGCUUGAUAGAACUGGGGAAAACUUAUCCAAUAUGUGUUGCACAUAGAAAACAUGUUCCCUGCAAUGAUUGUCCACAGCAGCGGUGGGGAACCUUUUUUCUGUUGGGGGCCACAUGGGCUUAUUGCUGUAGCUGAGAGCCUUAAAGUUGUUAUCAUUUGCUAUUGUGAGAUACAAAGGUGGUCCAAAAACAGCUCAAGAAUAAUUGGAUACAGCUGCUGCCCAAAAUAUACAUGGCAAGAUGGGUGGUAUACCAGCCAUCGUUUGUAUGCAAAAUUUUCUAAGUGAAACUGCAGAUAUCCUUCUGCUCUACUGGAUCUUCCUUUUCCUUCCCUCCAACAUAACACCUUUUCCUAAAACAUGUCUAUUCAUCUUGGAUUUCUCCAAGUUCCCAGGCCUUGCCCUUCUUAAACUGCUUUCUUCCAAGGCUUAAUGUUUUUCACACCUUGUUUUGUGAGUGAAGGUAGGUGAACUCUUGGCUUUGCAUUUCCUGGUCCAAAUGCUAUUGUUAGCUCAGUUGCUUUGGGUUAUUCCUGUAUUUACCAUCUUUUAUUAGCUUUUGCAGAGGCAUUGAGCAGCGGUAUCUGCAGAGGUGCAAAAUACCUUAAGGCUGUUGCAUCUUCCAUGGCAGUUGCUAGUUUAAGCGUUUGUGGUUUUUUGUAGAAACAGAUUAACAAUUAACCUGUCUCCACACCAGAUCUUGAUGCAUCAACCAAGGACCGCUGAACAUUUUUCUCAGUGCUGUAAACACCGGGAAGACUCCCACGUGCAACCGCUGUAGAAAGCAUCCAUGUAAUGUGUACAACUGCAUCUACGAUUGUGUGUUCCCCAGAAUUUGGCAGAGCGGCUCCUUUAAUGAAAGCCUUGCUUUCCAUUUGCUUUAUUUUUAAUAAAGGCUUCAAUCCUCCAUGCAGCAACAGAUUAUUUCACUGGAACCUAAGUGCCUGUUUUGAAUUAGAAUUUCAGCUAAAACCUCCAGGCUUUCAUAGUGUCAGGGAUUAAUACAACCCCUUUGAAGAGAUCAGAAGAGAGAAUUGGUGUCUCUUGAGCAGAGCAUAGUCUCUUACUGGUGGUGCCUUAUGUGCCACAGCCCCUGGCCUCACCUACACCUUUCUCUAAUCACCCAAAAUAUUCUGUGAAAAUGCAGAUAUUCUAGCCAGAUACCACUAGACAAAAGUAAGUCUCUGAGCACAGGUUGCAUACUCAACAUUACAAAAAUUCUAGGUAGUUGUGUUGGUCCACUAGGGAGAAAAAAAUAAGAACUUACAAUAGGCUAUUGAUUUUAUUAGUAUUUUGAUUAAGACCUUCACAAUUUGACAAGAUAGUGAGCAAGCUUUCAAGUUCUCCAGAACUCUUCUGGGCACGAUGUUGGAAGUCCCAAAGUAUGCAGUUCUCAAGAACGUUAUUCUUUAUAUAUUUAACAAAACGGUCGGGGUAGAUCAGGCAUGUCCAAAGUCCGUUUCGGGGGCCUAAUGCGGCCCACUGGUCGGUUUAAUCCGGCCCCUGUGGCAGUUUAUUUCCUGGGUUAAAAUUCCCAAAAAAAACCUCCACAACUUCAGUCCUAAAAAACGUUCCACAACUUCAUAAAAAAGCUGAACAUCUUCAAUCUUAAAAAGGUCGGCAACUUUGGUCGGCCCUCACAGCCCUUCACUUCAUCAGAUCAGGCCCUCUUUGAAAGAAGUUUGGACACCACUGGUGUAGAUAAAGCUGGGUGAUGUUUUCUGUCCCUUAGGGAAGGGGAACCUUUUUCAUCCUGAGGGGUCUCACUCCCUCUUGGGCAACCAGUGGUGGGUGGGGCCAGAGGCAAAAGUAGGUGGAGCAAUGCAGGUGGAUGUUACUUUAAUAUACAGUGGUACCUCGGGUUAAGUACUUUAUUCAUUCCGGAGGUCCGUUCUUAACCUGAAACUUUUCUUAACCGGAAGCACCAAUGGGGCCUCCUGCUGCUGCCGCGCCGACAGAGCACAAUUUCUGUUCUCAUCCUGAAGCAAAGUUCUUAACCCGAGGUACUAUUUCUGGGUUAGCGGCGUCUGUAACCUGAAGCGCAUGUAACCUGAAGCGUAUGUAACCCGAGGUACCACUGUAGUAGGCUACAUUCCACCCAUGCAGGUGCAAGAGGCUUCUGCAUGCACACACAUUUCUCUAACCCUGGUUCAUAUUCCAGUCACAUACAACCACUUAAGGAGGUCAUGAAGCAGACUCAGUAAGGGCUGUGGUUUGGCUGUGGCCAAGAGAGAGUCCCAAGCACUAGAUUUCGGUUCCUCACUCCUUUCCUACCCUUUUCACUUGCUGCUUACGGGUUGAGUGUGGAUCCUAAUCCUGGUUUAUAUACCCUGGUUGGCCACUGUGACAACAGGGUGCUGGAUCUGGCAGGUUGUUCUUAUGCUUAGCAAUUUCUACGUACCAGGGUGGUGCAGCUUUGGAAUAAAUAACGCUGAACAACGUAAUGUUGUAGUUUUGGGCAUGCGACACUGCUGUUUCUUUCGACACAGAAAAAACUUAAUUCUCUUUAGUCUCAUGAGAAUAGUUGAACUCCCUCUUCCUCUCUCCCCCUCGUUCAUUUAAUAUGAGACUGGUGUGAAAACAGAUCCCAGUCAGGGUUGCCAACCAAUCUGGGAAGCUGGGAGAGUCUCUAGAAUUGAUCUUUUAAAAUGCUUAUCUGCUGUGUUAUCUCUCAACUGUUGCCUGACUUCUGGUGCGCUCUCUUUUCCACUUCUAGUCAGAGAAAAUCAACCUGAAAUAUGGAAGUUAUUUCAGUUUUCCUCGUGUGGAAUGUUCUAGGUAGGUUGCAUGUGAUCCUUAUCAAAUCUUCUUGUUCUUCCUUAGGUUUAGGGGCCAAGCGGUUAAAGAGGAAAAUGAGAAGAUUUUUGAGACCUGGACAUGACCCAAUAAGAGAGAGGCUCAAGCGUGACCUUUUCCAGUUUAACAAGGUAAGUUUUGGCCCUGAAUGCAGCCUAAGUGGAAACUAGUAUGAACGCUUUUAAAGAGCAGCCUGCCUAGGCAGGCUUGAAGGUGUGGGAUCACUUGGCGUUGUGUGGGACAAUCCUUCCUCGGCCUUCAGGUUAGCACAGAGCAUACGACUAAACAAAUAUUUGGUAAACUGGUGCGGGGCUUGCCAACAAUGUCCUUUUUAUGUAUGUAUGUGCCUUAAGCUAACAAAUUAUUUCCUGAGUUCCAGAUGGACGUUCAGAUCCUGUGGCUUUUAUUUAUUUAUUUAUUAAGGCAGAGAGGGCCUUUAUCUCUUGUUUAGCAGUAUUUUCUCCUUUGAGGAGUUAAAUGGGAGCUAUUUUGGUUUGGUUAUAGCACUGCCAUUAAAUAAACACGUAUGGGGCUGUGUACAAUUCUCGGGCUUACAUGCACUUCCGUAUGCUUGGAUGUGGUUGGGAGGAGUGUUAGAAUAUGCUUUUUUUAAAAGCUUAAAAUCAGUCUCUGUGUGCUGCCGAUCGCUGAGGUAAAAACUGUGAAAAAGUGCUGUGUGUUGUGUUCUUCCUUUGGCAGCAGGUGUGUUAUGAGCCAGCGCUUUAAUUGCUAAACCACGGUAACAGUAAACGGAUCUCUGUUAGGAUGUACAGAAGCUUGACCUUCAGCUAACAUUUUGCUGCUUCUAAUCUUCCAUCGCAAAGUGGUGUAACUAUCGGCUCAGAUGUAGUAAAAAAAUUAUAGAAUUUGUGUGGUGCGUACCGUAUCCUGCAAACUCUUUUAUGGGUGGUUUAUUGGUGUGUGUGUGUGUGUGUUUUGCAAGUGCGCAAGUAGUAAUUUCCACACCUUGGCAUUCAUGAAAAGGAGUGUCAUGUGGAUAAAGGGAUGGUGUUGGGGGGGGGGAAACAGGAGGAAGGGUAUGUAGGGCUUGAUUGCCAUGUUUAGCAGUGGGAACCGUAGCUGGACAUGAUUGCUGCUUGUAUUUUGUAAAUGCUGGGGGCAGCUAAGAUGACUUGAUUGCUCAGUUGGAUGCCACACCAAAGCACUCCUAGCUUUUAAGAGGUUGAAGCUUUGCUUUUUUUCCAUUUUGGGAAUGGUAACUUGAGACACUUCUGUGUUGGAGUGUGUGUGUUUUUUCAUGCGUUGAAACUAUAAUCUAAAUAACACCCAUGAAUAGCCCACCUUGGAAAUCCUGGACAGUAACCAGAAUCAGCACAUUGAAAGGUUCAUUGUUGACAUCUGAACCCCAUUUGCCAUCCUAGGAGUGCUGUUCACACUUUGAUCUGCUAAAGUGUGAACUAGGUGUGUAGGAAGUGUGUCCUGUUUAGGCCCUUUUUUCAUAUUGCUCUACUGCAUGGGUAGGCAAACUAAGGCCUGGGGGCUGGAUCCAACCCAAUUGCCUUCUAAAUCCAACCCGCGGACAGUCCGGGAAUCACUGUGUUUUGACAUGAGUAUUUAAAACGCUUUUAUUUAAAAUGCAUCUCUGGGUUAUUUGCGGGCCCUGCCUGGUGUUUUUACAUGAGUAGAAUGUGUGCUUUUAUUAAAGAUGCAUCUCUGGGUUAUUUGUGGGGCAUAGGAAUUCGUUCAUCACACCCCCCCCCAAAAAAAUAUAGUCUGGCCCCCCACAAGUUCUGAGGGACAGUGGACCGGCCCCCUGCUGAAAAAGUUUGCUGACCCCUGCCCUACUGCUUAAACUGAAAUCCGCAAACAUUACAUUUUCAUCAGUUGUCCUGUUAAUCUAUUCUCAAUUUCUCUGGUGUAUGUUGCGUAUAUUCGCCAAAGCAAUAAGAUUUGGUGGCAGGAAAAACAGACAGCUUGCUUAAAAAAAAAAAAAAAAAGCCAGAUGCUUGCAAUUCAUGUACAACUUGAACAUAUCCCCUUUAAAAAUCUGCAUGAAAUGGGAAGAGGGAACAAUUUAUAACUUUGGUGUCAUUCGCCUGUGAUAGACUUCCCAGUGUUUUUCAAGGUAAGAUUAAAUACUUUGCAGUGCUGGAGUGCCUUGCAUAGUUAACCAUUUACUCAGUCCCAUAUCUCCAGAGCAGGUAUUAACUUACCUGUUCUUAAUUAACUAUUUGUGUUCCAUAUGGGAAAGUGUUUUUCUGGGUGGUGUGCUGCCUAGAUGGAGUGUUUGCUUGUGAAGGACCCUUGCAGGUAGUGUAAAACUGUCAGAUUAAUUGAAUUUUAAUGGGGAAAGUUCCAGAACCCGGUAAUUUAAAGCAUAUUAAAUCUAAUAUUCAAAUUUUCAGCGUCUUAGUGAAGGUGGUAGAAAAGCCCAUUAACUACAAUCUUAGGGAUAUGUUCAGCUCACUGUGUGGAGUAAUUCAGUAAUGACUCAGUAGAAUGCCACUUUCUCAAUGAGUUUAUCAAACCUUCUUCAUGAUGAGAAACCGCUCUUUCCAUUUUUAAUUGGCAAGAUUUGUGUGCGCGCACAUGCACAUUGCUUAGAAACCUUUUUCUUGUCUCAUUCCCCCCCCCCUUUUUUACUAUAGGUUACAUUCAGCUAACUUUUACCUAGAGUUAACACAUUGAAGCUAUUGUACAAAUGGGAGGUUGAGGAGUAAUUAGGGAUGUUUACUUUGGGGUGCAUAGUUCAUGUGUGGGGCUUUUAAGACAGGAAAUGGCGCCUUUCAUAAUUAAACCAACCAUUUCUAAGGCUUGUGCCUCUUCCUGCACCAGCGUAAGUCUAUCUUACUCUAAUGAUAGAAACCUUCUAUCCUAAACUGCUGGAAUGCUCUGUCUGCCCCUCCUUUGCUGUGAAAUCUCAUCCACCCACGUAGCGCAGCCAAAUUCAUGGCAUUUCUAAGUCAAAUCCAUGCCCUUGAUGACUCAUUAGUAGUGACACAAUGCUGGCAACUUUUGUGUGAGCAUGCAUGUACAUUGUCUAAGCAGUUCUGUCCUUGCUCAGUUCUAGAAUUAUUAUUAUUUUCCAGGUUGGCUGGGAAGCCGGUAUAAAAUCUUGGCUGGUAUGGAAACACUGGGUUUCCACUGCUCUACUGCACCUGCAAAGGCUGAACUUGUAGAUGUGGCUGUCAGUGCAGUGUGUGGUUAUAGCCACAAGCUGUUCUUAAUUGUUUCUGGGAUUUCCCACCCCCCUUCUGGGACUUUUGUUCAUGCAGUACAUCAAAAGCAGUUUCUCUGUCUGUGUAUAUUGAAUAGCAUGACAAGGGAAGUGAUAACUUACUGAGUGCAAUUUUGGCUUCUUAAAAAUAAGAAAAGAAGUUGUCAGACUCUAUGGCGUAUUUGUCUACAGAACAGAAUGGAAAACAGAACUUCCUGAUUGUAGAUUCUGCUUUUCAGCUGUAGCCCUCAAAGUGGCUCCUGCGGAGGGAGACAAAUCAGCUGUAAUAGAAGCAGGUGUUUGGUGCUGGUGUCUUUGCCUCCUUGCCUCUCCUCUGCAUCCCUUGUGACUGGGUAGUCUGUUGUUUCACCCUUUGUCAGGGGAAGAGGACAUAUUAUUGGUAACCCUUGGCUUCUGAACGGAGAGACAAAAGCUAGUUGGAAUUUUCCCUUGCACAGCACUUAACUGUUGGGCGGUUCAACAGUUCAACAAAUCCAACAUUGCAGGGGUCAGGCAACCUGGCUUGGCUUAUCCCGAGAAUAAAUUCCCCAGUAUUUCAACAGUUCCUUCUUGCAAGGUGUCUGCUCUCUGGGUACAAUUUCAAGUGCCACCCAUGCUGGAUUAGGCACUCCGCCCUGGUUUUGAAAUAGUGUAAUAAUAGAAUUGUGGAGGGAAGGAAAGAGGUGGUGCAUAGCACAAAGUUUGUAGGGGGUGGGGGUGGACUGGGGAGGAGAAAUCCUGAGCAAGUGUAAGGAAAACAGUACUGUGGUACCUCGGGUUAAGUACUUAAUUCGUUCUGGAGGUCCAUUCUUAACCUGAAACUGUUCUUAACCUGAAGCACCGCUUUAGCUAAUGGGGCCUCCCGCUGCCGCCGUGCCGCCAGAGCACAAUUUCUGUUCUCAUCCUGAAGCAAAGUUCUUAACCCGAGGUAAUAUUUCUGGGUUAACGGAGUCUGUUACCUGAAGCGUAUGUAACCUGAAGCGUAUGUAACCCAAGGUACCACUGUAUACUUUAGUAAAGACAUUACUUUUCAGAUCUGAAACCAUUAGUAAGGGGCAAUGCUCCUUAUAUCAUUAUUUCACAGAGUGGCUCUUCUAGUGGUGUCUUCUCUCUUAUUUCAACACCCCCUACCCCCCGUUUUUAAAAAUAUUUUUAACCCUCCUCCUGCUGGACAGUAGAUAAAGGCUGUACAAUAAGGACUGGGGUUUAUGAUGGCAGCGAGGGAGCUAUGACACCUACAUCCAAGAACCUUUGGGAUGGAGGUGCAGGUGCUCCAAGAGACUGAGCUGUGAAUUGGAAAGUCCCCGGUUCAAAUCUUGCCUCUGCUAGGAACUCACAAAGUGGCUUUAGGCAAGCUGCUCUCUUGGCUUCAGUCCCUGCAUCUGCAAUACAGGGGAUAAUAAUACAGACGUGUAUAGUUAUUGUUUUUUUAUUAAGUUUUAAAACUGGAUCGUGCCCGUGAAGCGCUUCGAACACUUAAGACUUCAUAUUGUUUUAAGUAUCACAUGGGAACAAGCUCUUGGUGGUUUUCCACAGAUGCACAGUGUAACAUUGAGCCUCCAAGCCUUUCGAAUUGCAUCAGAUCCAAGGGUUAGGAUUGGUGGAUUCUCUGACUGUGGUUCCCAUGUAUUACUACUGCAGCAGGGAAGGAAUGCUUUGAAACUGAACCUCCCCCCUCCCGCCCCAAAUGGCAUGACCUCUUGCCCUUCCAGCUGCAAUGGUAGUCCUGUUGAGGCCAUUUCCCACUUCGAACCAAAAUCUUGCCCCUCCAACAUUCUCUGCCUCCCCCCCUUUUUUUUUCUAUUCUAAAGACAAGUCUUAAAACCUGCUGACUUUCAGGUCGUCUUUAAAAAUAAAAGAGACAUAUUAAACACCCUGUUAAUGCAGCUCCUAAAAGCCAGCAUUUUAUUUUCAUACACUUGCAGUGCUGGCAAUCUGGAGUGCUGUCCAACCUUCGUUUAAAACAGGCACCCCGAAACUCGGCCCUCCAGAUGUUUUGGGGCUACAACUCCGCAUUGCAAGAAGCCCAGCAGAAGCAGCCUGCAAGUAUUGUGCUCCAGGCUGGAGUCUUGGCUGAUGGGCUGAGCUGCUUAGUCAUAGGUUUCUGCUGCUAGGUAGGGCAGCAUCACACUGCCAGAGAGGCAGGCUGGAGUCCUUCAGAGUUUCUCUUUGCAGCUUUAUUAAGGUUGAGGUAUUUUGACGUUCCUGCAGAUAAAAGCAAAGCAGAUGUAAGCACUUGAAAAGAAGCCCUAUAUGAUGUGUGGUUUUACCUAGAGUAGUCCCAUUGAACCUAACGAGCAUGACUGAGUUAGAUGCAUUCAUUUCAGUAGGUCUGCUCUGUGUAAAACCUAGUUGAAUACCACCCAAUGGCUUUUGAGUUGAGGUUGAAUUUUAUAGGUCUACAAAUAUUUGCCAGAGUAAAUGCCAGCAUGUGCCAAUUUUAAAAACAAGGCUCUGAGCCCACCUUACUUCUCUGAACAUACUGGCAUUUAAUGGCUUCUUAUUUUGAGUUGCUUGCUAGGUGCUUUUGUGUUUAGUUUCUUCCCUUUAAAUUGUGUCCCUGUUACAGGUGGGCACACAAAUUUGUUAAAACAGUUUUAUAUUGAUCUGUUUUCUGUUGAGCUGGAUAGCUGUAUUGGUAGAGCGCGUCUCUUAAUCUCAGGGUUGUUGGAUGAUUCUCAAUAAAUAAACUGCUAUCUUAGAAAGGACUUGCCAAAACUGUUUACUUUCAAUGCCAGUCCUGAAUAUCCUUUGGUGGGAAGACUCUAUCCAGUGUGCUGCCUGAAGAGCAGUUCUGCUUGCAGCUUUUACAGUCAAACCUCAGUUCCCGAAUGCCUCCGUUAUCGUACGUUUCGGCUCCCCGGACACUGAAAACCCGGAAGUAAAUGCUCUGGUUUUUGAACAACUUUUGGAAGCAGAACGUGCUAUGCAGCUUCUGCUUGAGUGCAAGAAGCUCUUGCAACCAAUCGGAAGCCGUGCCUCGGUUGCUGAACGUUUUGAAAGUCAAAGGGUCUUCCGGAAUGGAUUACCUUUGACAUCAGAGGUUUGAUUGUAUUUGGCUCUGUUGUCCUGUUUACAAUGGCAUGUUUGCUGGGAGCAGUAUUCCUCUGCCAUUCAGACCAUUGCAAGGAACAUUGUGGCAAGUGAGUGCCUUGCAGGAAUCUGCUGUCAGCCGGAUGGGGAAGUUUAGGAUGAAACUCUUCAAGGAAAAUAAAGGCGGGGUAUCUCCCUCUUAGUUUGUCUCAUGUAAAGCUCUGUGGGGCAGGCAUGUCUCGACUGGCGGUGUUAAGUUCGCUGAUUGGCAAAGCUCAGCUACCAGACAGGCUGGUUCACCUGUGUUUUACCUAACUGGAAGCAUUCCACUUAAUUCAGGGGUUCCUUGCUUUCUUCUGUGUCUCCUAACCUGCCCCGUUAAUUGAUGUAAACACAGGCUGUGUCUCAUUGACUAAGCAGUUGUGAAAAUCUGAUUCACCACUGGCUAGACUUCUGCUCAUCCCUCUCCCCUUCUGAAGGAGAAUUCUGCAAAGCAGCUGUUCCCCUCACAGUUGUUAAAAAAAACCUCAACAACAAUGGCAGAAGUGAGUGAAACAGCUGCCAAUGUAAAUCCUUUCAGUUUUGUGCUGGAGUUGGCCUGCUGGUUUACCACUGCUUCUAAUUGCAGGCAGAACUCCCAACCAAAAAGUGUAUUUCUGUGUUUUUAUAUUUUCCACCUGAUCCGAAAAGGAAACAAAAGCGCUCUUAAAAGUGAAGGUUGCUGCUGAUCACCUUCUGAGUUUUUCUCUCUCUCUCUCUCUGUGCUAAGGCACUAUUACAAGAAGUCCAUUGUUCUCUCUUCUUCCCUUCCCCCACCCCCAUUCAAGGUACACCUGCUCCUCUGGUCUCUUGGUGCAUGUGAUGUAAAAUAGAGCCAGGCAUGCAGUUUCUGUCUCUCUCUCCCUUUAAAAUCUGAAAUGAAUGCAUGUAAGUGCAAGCUAAAAUGUGCAAAUAAAUCUUUGUAAUCAGCCUCAUUCAUUAUAAUCUGUAAUCACACCUGCAACGCUAUAAAGAGCUAGAAAGCUGUGGUCAAUGUUCAUGGAACUAAGAAAUAAGUAGUAUCAGAUGGAAUGUAGUACAUUAACACAAAUAUUAUUUGUGUAGCUGAAGCCAUUACAGAAGAUAGGUGGAAUGUAAAAAAUUGUGAGUCUAGUUCUGGUUAUUCAAGGACGCUAAAUCAGCUACUGCCACACUCUCCUUUGCACUGUAAAAAAGCGGGGGGGGGGGUGUUAGAUAGUGCCUCAAAUGGGGUGUGAAUGAUGCAGAACUGGGAGGAGAGGGAAAAUUGGAGGACAGGGGACACCUUGUGAAAGCAGAAGAGCCUUCCAUUUAUGUGACAUGCUCUUUGGAUGCAAGCCAUUUUUCCUAUUUUAUGCCCUUCCCCAAAGCUGGAGGCAACGGGACAGUUAAGCACUGUCUCUAUGAAUCCAUGUUCCUUAAAGGACAUGGAUAGAAAUAGUUUAUUUAAUUAAAAAAACCUGGAUUUUAAAUGGUUGUUUUAAACUAUGUUUACUAUUACCACCACCACAUAGAAAGCACCUAGUAUUUUCUAAGCACUGUAGAGAGAUUAAAAGAUAAGGCGCUCCCUGCCCGCAGGCUCAGUCUAGUGGAUAUGACACAAAAGGAAACAAGGAGCUGGGAGGGAAGAGGAAAGCUAGCGAACUGAGGCGCCAGUUAUUGAAGCUACAUAGUUGCAGCAGCAGCAUCUGAUGUGGUCAGGUGGGCCUUCCUGCCUUUAAGUACAGAGAUGUAAUACCUGUAGGCCCUCUGUUACCCAGCUGAUGACAGAAGAUAAUCGACCCUCUGCUGCCUGCAACUGGCAUUUGGAGCCAAGUGUUCUUUUCUGGUGGUUGGGUAGGGGCGAACCAAGUUUUCUGUAGCUUCUGCUGCUACGGCCAAAUUAUGAGCCAAUCUUGUUGUGUUUUCUUUCUAAAAAUCUGAUUUAAAGUGUCAUCAAUAUUGAACCUUUUAAACUGAAACCAUUAGAUUGUGUUUUCCUGUUAAAAACAAAAAUGGAGGGGGAAACAACGUAUUUUCCCGUCUAUAAGACGCUCCCUAUUUUCGGGGACUCAGAUUUAAGAAAAUGGGGGGGGGGGGAGAUGUAUCAGUGUAUAAGACACCCCCUAAUUUUUGACAUUUUUUUAAAUGGGGAAAAAAAACUAGCCUUAUAGACAGAAAAAUACGGUAAUCUGAUGCAGUCAAGUAUUGCAGAUAUGGCCUAUUCUCAUUUUAAGUUUUUCUGCUGGGCCCAUGUCUUGACAUAUCAUUAUUAAUAUUAUUUAUUUCUAUCCUGCUUUUUAUUCAAAUAAAUACCAAAGCGGCUCACAAAAAAAGAUGAAAAUAAAAUAAUGGAACAUCAAAAAUACAGCAUAAAUUGUAUAGAAUACUUUACAAAUCAUCAGUAAAACAAUCACAAAUCACAAACAUGGCGUGGGGGCCAUGAUGGCUUUUGUCUCCCUGGCAGUAUCCCAACAACAACUACCAUCUAUGUAACACUAUUAACAAAACAACUAAGAAAUAAGCUAAACAUCACCGUUACACCAAAAAUAAUAUUAUAGGAUUCACAAAGGUACUACAGCAUUCAUAUCUAUGAAACAAUAUUAACAACAUUAACAAAAUAGCAACAAAACAAACAAAGCCCUGUUGAAUUUGUACACAUACUUGCCUCACCACCACGACUCAGAAACUUUCAUUCUAUUCAAUGCAUCAAAAUACACUGGCACAUAAUGUUCCUGGCAGCAAUUCCCUUCUGAAGGAUUCUUGCGAUGGAGGUAGUCAGCACAAAGAUACUCUCCCCUCACAUCCUUUCUGCCACUAUGACACUUCCAUUUUCAUAACAGAAAAACGGAAUACCAGAAUAAGAAGAGGCUGCAAUUUGGAGGUUAGGUGAUACUCUGACAUGUGUUCAACUAUGAUUAAAAAUAUCAUUAGUUAACAUAUCUACAUGAUCAGUGUGGGAAGGAUAAAAUACUUGAAAUAUCACAUUAGACCCUUGAAACCCUUUUCCAGUUUUCUUAGGGAAAACGCCUUAAAAUUAUUACAUUACCAUCACAGGCACUAGCUUCUCUAGAGCCCUGGAGAUAACGAUCGUGUAUUUCACUAAGAUCGUUUUGCUGAGUCUACCUUUUUAUGCCUUAAAAUUACCUAAACCCUGCAGUUUGUAAAUUCCUCAGAUUAUUAAUAUUUAUGACUCUACCAACCCUGUACUGUAUUGACAUUUACUUCCAUAGCAUAACACAUCUGGGAAGUUCUGGGCUCUUGUGCUGCAAUCCUAAAAGUCCUGUUGAAGUCUGGCUUCCAUUGAGUAGACAUGUACUGUAUAGGAUUGCUCUAUAAGUCUUUAAAUCUUGCUAAAUGCAUAAAUACAAAUAAUCCCUUACAGUCACAACCGCCCGUUUUUCAGUAAGCAUAAAUAAUUCUGUAGUGUGAUAGACAUGUGAUUAAAGACACAGACUUUAAUUUGUUACUCUAAUAAAAUCUUUAAUAAAUAUGUGAACUACAAAAUAAGCAACUUUGAAAGAUUAAGAAGUUAAGAGAGCACUUCAGUAUCCCAGGACUCUCUGAAGACUUUUCAGAUCCGCACUGUAUUAUUCUCUUCCUCCAACAAUAAAAUCCUUGAAAGACAGACUACAGUGUGAAAUUCCUGAAGUAUAAUUGUUAUCAGUUAGUUUGAGCCCUGAAUGAAUACAAUCAGGAUAAGGAUUUUCACUCCCACUUAGUCAAAUUAACGUAACAAAGCUAGGAAGAUCUAUUGUCACAAAUAGCUGCAAUUCUGUAUGGUUACUGUGCUUGUUAUGUUGAGAUGAGCUUUGCACGGAGACACUGCAAACUCUACUCAUGAUCUUUGGACCUCACUAUUUAUGUUUUUCUGCCUCUCUAAGCCAACAGAGGAUAACACUUCAUGCAACUAACAAAGUGCAUGUCCAAAACCUUAAGACCGUGAAUCUCUAAAGGGUCACAAGACUCUUGCAGAUCUGCUUGCUGCAGCAAACUAGAAUGACUAGUAGCCCUUAUGCUGUGGAAUUAUCUCACUUCUGAGUCACUGCCUUCCUCUUUCCAGCUGAACUUUAACAUUCCCCCCCCCCCUUUUUAAAGGGAAGCCGGGUUUUACAGGCCAUACAUAAGUACUUGGGGAACGGAUUGGCAGUUGUGCUUGCUUGCUUGCUUCUUGUCUAUAAACUAGCAUGUGCAUAUAUGAACAGAGUCAAAAUAUUACACAUGUUUUUUUCUGUACUGCUAAAGCUGUCUUUUAAUUGUCAUGGAUGACAAUAUUCUUGCACCUUUAAAAUUUGUUCAGGGCUUUCUUGUGUGUGAAUCUAAAGCAAGGCUGCGCAGAUCAGGAAACCAGAACAGGGGCCUGAAGCACAUUGCUGCCCUUGAACUGUGACAAAAGUGCAACAAAGACAUGUUAGAGCGGGGGACGAUGAGGCAUUCCUCCAGUCCACAAUCCCAAGCCCUUCUUAAGGUAGCACCCUUGGCUACAGUACUAGGAACGGCCUAUUGAAUAAGGCAAUGAGGUGAAAAUGGACUCUUCCCAACUGGCAUAGUUGUGCUCUGGCUUGGCUUAGACUGCUCAGAUGGUAUAUGGGAAACUGAAAUGGGACCAGUGUCCCUCUUAGGCUCUGGAGAUGGAGAACUUGCUGUCCCUCCAGAUAAUGUUGUUGAACUCCAGCUCCCAUCAGCCCCAGCAGUCAUGGCCAGUUGUCAAGGAUGAUGGGCGUUGAAGUCCAACAGCAUUUGGAGGACUCCAGGUCCCCCACCUCUGCCUUUGAUACUCAAGGCCUCCGCCUUCGCUAGCAACUCCCAUCAGCAUGGAAUGAUGGAUGUGCAGGUUCCCCAUCCCUGCACACAGGCAUGAUCUGUUGAACCUCUGCCUUGUAGUUUCCUGCAGUGAUCCCGACUGAAAACCACUGGGUCAGUUUCUCUUCAUGUCCACAGUGCUUGCUCAGCUACUCUUGUCCUGUACUAGGCUGACGUUUUUGCUGAGGAAAUGUUGACUUUAUUCCGGCACUCAAAUAGCUGCUGUCCCUCAGGCGUGGUCUUACUGUUUGGCUGCCUUGUGGCCUUUGGGCUCCUUUUGAAACGAAGGGAAGAAACACUUCCAUGUGUUUUAUUGGUGGCUUCUCAGAAAUGCCAGGCGGGGUGAGGUCAUAGUUCUGUGGCGAAGCAUGUCUUUGGAGGCCACAGUCUGGGGUUCGAUUCUUUGCUGUCUCUGGUUAGAGGGCUUCUGGCAGCAGGGAAGACAGGUCUUUUGAAGCACCAAGCUGCAAAGAAGAAUGUGGCAAUGUUCAGAAGCCCAGCUGCUUCUGUUUACGUUACAAGGACCGCUUCCCCAAAAGGAGACCCUCACAGUACUUCUGAAAUAAAACAUAAUGUUUGUUCCUACGCAGCUGGAUCUUUGUGUGCUGGUUUUGUUGUCCUGAGACACUGCAAUUACGGGGUGCUGUUGUCAAGGAAGGCUUAACUAGGCUAUGUGGGUUAUUGAUCUGACUCUGUGUAAGAUGGCAACAGCAGACCUUCCAGCGAAUAGGUGUCAGCUUUUGUGGCUAGCUGUGUUUACAGAGCAGAGGAAGUGCCAUGUAAGGUGGCUGCGGCUUUGUUUUCUCAAAUAAUGCAGACUCUCUUCUGCCUGAGAAGAUGGAUUCACAUAAACAAAGCGAAAAUGAGAGUUCAGGAAAUAGCUCUAAGUUACUUGGAAACCAAUCUCUCUCCCGCUCGUGCUGAAGCCAUGGUGGUUGGAUUGCACAGUAAACCUUUGAAAGUCUGUUCUGUUCAGUACCUUUUAAAAACUGGUUUAAAAUGGGUUCCCUAAAUCUUGUUCUAGAAGUAAAAAUUGUUGACGUAAACCCCCUCUGAUUCUGCCAAACUUAAUCCAAAAUGGUACCUUAUCUUGACUAUAUUGUCUGACUUCAGGAUUGAGGUAUAUUAAUGAUGGAAGGAAAAUAGUGAUUUCUCUGGUGCAAGUAUUAUUUGGCUUCAGCUGCUUUUUUGUCUGCAGUAAUUGUCUUUUGUGCUUCAAUUCCCAACAGACUGUUGAACAUGGCUUCCCGCACCAGCCCAGCGCACUGGGCUAUAGCUCUUUCCUCCAUCUCAUGGCUAUCGGGACCCGAUCAGGAGCCAUCAAACUGUAUCCUUUUCAUUCAUUUCUGAGCUGCAUAAUGGCUUUUCAGCAGCAGCAGUAGGUAUGUCAAAAUGUGUAGAGAUAGUAUUUAUGUGGUGCUUCCUUCAAAGGGCUUUGCAUUUGUAGAAUCAGUAAUCCUAACAAUCGCAUUAUCCCCAUAUUGCUUUCUUUUCUCAGAUUACUUAGUAGGUUGUCGUUAAUGUAAGUUUUGAACCUAGAUAAUCAGUUCAAUUGCACCUCUGAUAAUGAGGGCCUCUGGUGAUCAGCUCUUGUGAAAUGUACUAAAAUCGUUGUGGAAGCUACUCUUGAGCUAAUCUGGUCUAGUGGAAAGUGGUGCCUGUAGAUAAAUAGCUUUAUCACCCACAUUCCAAGUCUGUUUUAAAUAUCCUGACGCAGAGGAAGAGUUCAUUUUUAGCACAGUGCAAUAUUUGUGGUUUGAAUUUUGAGUCAUAAAUAAAUCUUUGGCUUUCCUGUCUUGGUAGUCCUAAAAUACUGGGCUAAGCAACAAAGUGCUUUGAAGGUGCUUUCCUUUUAUCCAGCCUCAGUGCAGAAUAUACAUGAACACAAAUCUGUUUCUAGUGGCACUGAGCCAGCUAGGGUAGGGGAAGUGAACUGUUCCUCUUUCACUGAGGGACAAUCUGAGUCCUUUCCAAUGACACUGCCAUUUUCCAGCAACACAUCUCUCUGGAAGACUCUUGCAAGCAAGCAUUGGGCCAUCUGUCUCCUGAUGAUGGAUUUAAAUGGAAUUGCAGCAUCCGGAAGACAAGAAUAGAUGGGCUCCUGUCACUCCAUCUUGCCCAACUUCCAAAAGUGCCACAUAAGCAGGCUCUCCCAGCUUUUGAAUUUAAAAUCAAGUAAAUGGUUGUCUUCGCUUGUUUUGCUUAUUAUUUAUUUAUUAAAUUUCUAUUCUGCCCUUCAUCCAAGGAUCAUAAGGUGGUUUGCAAUAUAAAAAAUGUAACGUAAUAACAAAUGAAACAAUAGCCCUCACGGUUUAAAAGGCCAUAGAUCGUUUAAUUAGCCAAAGGCCUAGGAGAAGAGGAAUGGUUUUUUUGGUCUUGCUCCUAAAGCAAAGGCACCAGAUGAGCCUCCCUGGGGAGAGGAUUCCACAAAUGGGCAGCCACCCCAGAAUAGGCCUGUUCUCAUGUUGCCACCCUCCAGACCUCUUGUGGAGGGGACACAUGAAGAAGGGCCUCAGAUGAUGAUUGCAGGGUCCAGGUCAGUUCAUAUCUGAUGAGGCAGUCCUGAGCCAUUUAAGGCACCUUGAUUCGGGCCUGGGAAAUAGUUGGCAGCCAGUGCAGUUGGACCAGUGCAGUUACUGUAAUAUGCUCAAACCAUUUUGCCCCAGUGAGCAUCCUGACCACUGAAUUUUGCACCAGCUGAAUUCUCCAAACUCUAUGCGGAGGCAGUCCUAGAUAUAAUGCAUUGCAAUAAUCUAACCUAGACAUUACUAGAGCAUAGGCAACAGAAGGUAGGUGUCUGCUUCUUCUAAGUAGUGAUAAUGGAAAUUACCAGGGGUGACGAGCCUAAUACUAGUGCUUUAUGGGGAGACAUCACAAUUAUUCUAGGAUAGAACUAAUUUGCCACAAAGCGAAGGCAGCAAAAAUCAAUGUACACAUAAAUACUAUUGACCUCAAUCAGUCAUUCAGCUAUGGCGCUCCAGGGGUUGAGUUCAUGGGCUUGCACGAAGAGACCAACACUGUCAUGCAAAUACAUUUCAUUCCUGGCCAGGUGAGUAGAAUUCCAUCUAAAUUCUGUGCUUCAUACAUCAGAUAUGUUUUCAACUUUCUAGGGUCUGCUCUAGGGUUUCAGGGACUGAGAUGGACUUCACCCACUAGCCCUCUGUAAUGCGAAAACAUGAUAGAUGCCAUGAUGUUUUUGGCAAAGGGAUCCAAAACUACUGAACGUUUUAAUUAUUGUUCCCACUUUUGAGCACCUUGGCAAACUCUUGAUUGUGUAGAUGUAAUUGCAAAAGGAGGAGAGAUGCCCACCUCCCCCAACAGCCUGCAGUUCCUUACCCAAUUCCUCAAUAUCCAAGGGCAAAAGCUGGUUAUGCCUCCUGUUUCAGCACUGAUAAGAACCUAACAUAAGAAGAGCCUGCUGAAUUAGACCAGUGGCAUCGCGAGCUGUGUGCAGGUGGCGUGUCGCUUGUUGGAUCAACGUCUUAGCAGUGCUUAUGACUUUGCCACCCGUGACCCUUAUUUGGGCACUGUAUUGAAUUACUAAAGGAAGCCUUUAAAUAAACUUGCCAUAGUGAAAGUUCUAAUCCUGAGUCUGAUGAGGGGGAGCCUGGACAAACGAACUUUGAGAAGUCGUUUGUCAUUUUAGUCACCCUUCAGGCUGCCAUCUCCGUUCUGCAGCAGUCCUAGAAUACAAGGGAAAAGAAAAACGAUGUUUGAUCAUUGUUGGAGCCAGAAAACUGCUGUGCACAAUUCAACAAGCAUCCUUUGAUAAAUGCAAUUAUUGUAGCAUAAGCUUUUGUUGGCCAGAGUGUAGGUUCAUGCAGCAAUAAAUGUGUUCUUUAAAGUACUAUAGGACUCGGUUGUUUUCCCUACAAUAUACUUUAAUAGACUCUGCCUCUACUAUGUGGCAUUGCUUGUAGAUUGAAGAUCGUUUUUGUUUUCAUUUUAAAAACUGGAUAUACUUGAAGGAGCAAACAUCUUGAGGGAGGAGAGCGCAUCAACUAGCCCUGCACUUAGCAGUCUCAAACCUGAUUUUGGUUCUAGACCACUGGGAGUAGUCUGAAUAUAUUUCAAGAAUGCUGCUGUGUCACUCUUGCUCAUAAACAUAAGCCCCAAAUCCAGCUGCGGGCAGACAGCUUUUAAUUAUGUUGGAGAGGAUUUAGAAUUGUUACCGCUUUGGCCUUUGUCCUGCAUGCACUUUUAUAUAGAGAGAUGGCUCUCCAUGUAGGACAAAUGGAUGUGAAUAUAAAGGGACCCCUUCUACUUUAUUAAGAAACAUGCUGCAGGAGUAAUUUCAUAAAAGUUGUAACUCAGCAGGUUGACUCUCCCCAAAACUAAUGUUUCAGAAGCACACUUUCAUGAGUACAAACUCCCAAUUAUCCUGCAAUGUUAGAAGAACCUUCAAAUUAUUUAAAAGGGUUUUGCCUCUAAGAUUGGGAAGGAAAAGUUCUGUGUUGUGAGCAUUUUUAUUUUAGCAAGCUGCCUUACUCAUUUGCCAAGCCUGGGCUGAUCUUCAUGCCUUAGUGGAAUCACAUAAAGAGAGAACAUUUGGAAUGAGCAAUAACUCAGAAUACUCAUGGGAACUGUUACCUGCUGUACUAGGUGUAGCUUCAGCAGACAGUGCUGGGUUUUAAAUACUUAAAUAUUGGCCAGGGUUGGGCUUGUAACAAAUAUUCUGGGGCACCACUCCUUUAGGAUGAAGUCAGGUGAAAAGAAUGCAAGGUGAGAAAGAGAGUCACAGAAUAGGAGCCACUCGCUCCUAAACAGGGUGGGGAUGUGUUUUUCACUCAGAGCUACAAGGAGUUCAAGUUAUUAGCCCAGCAAAGCUGACAACUGAGCAGGUACUUCUCUGGGACGUGAAGUGCAGAAUUCUAACAUGACAAAAGAGCACAGAAAUGACCAGGUCUCUACAUAGAGCACUUGACUAUGUGUUAAGUGAACAAAACAUAAAGAAAGGGCAGGACCAAGUGAAAGAUUUUGGUGCUGCUUCAAGCACAGUAUCCUCAGUACUCCCUCUCCCUGACCUAAGAGAAGCAAGACAUGCAAACAUAGAAUUCCCAAACUGCAUCGGAUCUGCUUCUUUACUCUGUGCAAAGGAGUGAUAAUGGUCUUGGGGCCCUGGCAGAUGCCCAGCCUUGCCACUGCCUGGAGUUUGCUCUGGGGAACAGGAGGUUGAUUUAAAUAGCGGUCAAGGUGUGUGUGAGUCAUGGAAAGUAGUGGCUGAUUGUAUUGUGGCUCAGGAAAGCCUUUACUAAAGUGGAGUUGGAGAGGUGCUCAAGGAGUGACUUAAAUAUAAGAGAUGGAGGUAGUAUUUCCAAGCGUAGAGAAUCAGCACAGAUGAAGGCAUAAAGAUCCUGAUUGGAGAAAGUGGAACAGGCCAAUUGCUGGUGAAGUAGUGCAUUACAAAGAGACUCAUUCUCAACUAGAAUAAGCAGUUAGGUAUAUUCAGGUUCAUUUGAUUUGUAUGAUUGUGAUAUUUACUGGAGCUGAAAUUAGCCACCUCCCCUGUCCUUCUCGUCAGUUCUCCUCUGCAAAUUCUCACAUCAAAUAUGUGCUGGAUGCUCAGACAGAAUUCACCAUAUCAGCAUCUGAAAUUGAUUUUGCAGUAGCAUCCAACGUUCAGUUAAAAACAUCCUCUUGAAGGGACGAAAGCAGAUACCAGUUGCAAUUUGAUGUCACACAGGGUUCUGAAGUAAUAUUUUAAAUAAUUUUAUUUAAACAAUAUUUAAGCAUACAACAAUCUAAGAAUAUAACUUACCAGCAUAAGAUAAUUUACAAAGUUACAUAAAAACCUGAAACCUGUAUGUCAAAUGUCUGGAUCUGAUUUUGACUUUAGAAUCCAAACUGCAAAAAUAUUGAAGAUUGUUUUGACAUUUUGAUUUUCUUGCAAGGUGCUGUCUUACCGUAGAGUUCCCCUCCAUAAGGACCUUACCCUAUAUAGGAGUUUAAUAUCUCCUGGUCCUGUGCUGAAAUGGGGGGCUACCUGUUUCUAUUGAUUUUCCCGCCAGGAGAGCCAUGUUAGUCUCUUGAAGCAAAAAACCACCGGAGCUCUGUAGCAUCAGUUUUGUGGUCUCAUGCUCACUUUGUCAGAUGUGUUUAUUUCUACCAAAUAGCUUAUCUUCACGUUAAUAGGACUACAGUAGUACAAACCCUUCUGACGGCUAAAACUUCAUUCUUGAUUGGUCAUGUACUGUGGCUUAAUAAACACAACUGCUGAAUAAUGUGCCUCUUGAAAUGUUGCGGCACUCUGUACUACUUGAAUGCUUGCUCAUUCCUCCUUUUGUGUGUCUAAUUUUCAGUGCCGCUUGUUGACAUUGCUAGAUGAUAACAGCCUGCAUUUAUGGACCCUGAAACAGACCCACAGCAAUAUGUCUGAGCUGCAGGAAGAAAGACAUUUCACACUCCGAGGGCCUCCUGGGUAACUGGGAUACUUCUUUCUCCAUCAGAAGUGGGCCAGGAGAUGCAUUCUGAUAGACUUUUGUUUUGUUUUUAUUGUUUAAGCAAAUGCCUGCUUUUUUGCUAGUUCUGUGUGCUCUGGGAAGCCUGUUUCUCAUUUCUAAAUUGGGAAGAAAGGUUGCAUGCAUGUGUGUUACAUGACUUUCUACAAACUAAGGGUUUAUUCAGAAGUAAUAUUCGCCAACCUUCAUGUUGUGCAGGGAUUAGGAGCGUAGGCUUGUACUUUCCUCUGACUUAAUGGAGCUAAGUUCUUCCAUACAUCUUUGAGCAAGCCACAGUUUGCUGUUACAUCUGAACCAAGCAACUAUAGUUUGGUUCAGUUAAGGGAAGGAGAGAAUCUUGAGUGAGCAAAGAGCAAAGAGACGGCUGUUGUCUAAACUGGCCAGGGGUUUGUGUGCUACAGGCUUAGUGAAAGAGUUCAACACCAUUGAAUUUGUUUUUUUGGGGGGGGAUUGCUGCAGAUUUUGUUGCGCCAAGUGAUUCGCUGGUUAGCUUAAAGUUUGAGUGUGCACUUAUAAAAUGUUUAGUACAUUUUCCUGUUCAUUUGUUUUGUCUUUAAACCCUGCUUAAAAUAUUCUAUUGAUUGCUUAAAUCAGUGGUGUCCAAACUUUUUUCAAAGAGGGCCAGAUUUGAUGAAGUGAAGGGCCGUGAGGGAUUUUACCCCAGAAAAUAAACUGCCACUGGGGCUGGAUUAAACCAACCAGUGGGCCAGAUUAGGCCCCAAAAACGGACUUUGGACAUGCCUGGCUUAAAUUGUUUGUCCCUGUAGAGUUGUAGGACAGCUUACUAGCAAGUUUCUAUUCCCACACUAAUGGUAUGCAUUAGUCCUUUUUGUAUCAUAUGUCCUCCCCCCCGCCCCUGCAACUGAGAAUUGUGGGUUGAGAAUUUAUACUUAAAUAUCUGGUGAUGAAUAAUGAUUUCCGAAGCCUUUACACACAGCUGUUGGAUCAAGUAUCUGCUUUGUAUUACAGUAUAUAUAAGCUGCCUGGGCAACUAAUUUCACCCAGCUGUAAUUUACCAGUAUCUCUCUUCCCCUCCACUUACAGUUCUCCUCCAAGUGCUACCCAGGUAACAGCAAUCCUCGCACACUCCUCGCAGGAACUUCUUUAUCUUGGCACCGAGAGUGGUAAUGUCUUUGUGGUGGAGAUCCCAUCCUUCAGAGUGCUAGAAGACCGGACCAUCAGUCCAGAUGUUGUGCUGCAACGGUAAAAUGAGACGCUGGAGUUGCACUAUCUAGGGAUGAUUUCGGGUUGUUGUGUUGCGCAUGCGUUACGAUGAGGGUAAAAAUCCUGCAAGACCUUUGAAAACUGGUUAUAUUAACAUAUUAACCUGAAGUAGUAGUAUUGGUGCCACCUCCGUGGUUGCUCUGGAAAUGUAUUCAAGUCCCUGCCUACAUGGUCUGACUUGAACUCUUUCUUGUUCCUGGGACUUGCAUGUCGUUCUGGUUACACGGCAGCUUCUUAAUUCCAGUGUUAUAUGCUGGUUUGUUGGUGUGGAUGAGCAGGUCUCUGUCCUGGCAGACUGAGCUUCACAGGUAACCAGGAGCUAUACUCAGCCCUGCCCCCCAGUAGUUGGGGUGCGUUUUUUAAAAUUUUCCGGUGUGGGUGUGGCGGUGGGAGGGGAGUAUAACAGUCCAAGUAAGGUUCAGAAGCCAGUAUUUUCAGGAUUCAGCUUUCACCCUUUAAUAAUUUAAAUGCAGUGGUACCUUGGUUUUCGAAUGUCUCCGUUGACGAACAUUUCAGAACUGGAACGCUGUAAACCCAGAAGUAAAUGCUUCAGUUUUCGAACAUGGCCUCGGAAGUUGAACAUGUCACGUGGCUUCCGUAUUGAGUUUUCCGUACUGAGGCUUCCAUAUUGAGUUUUCGGUUUUCAAACGUUUCAGAACUCGGACUGGCUUCCGGAACAGAUUACUUUCGAAAACCGAGGUACCACUGUACAUUAGUUGUGACUACCUUUUAAAUACUUCAUAAUAACUGUGGUACCCUUCCCCAACCUAGUGCUGUCCAGAUGUUGCGGGCUGCAACUCCCAUAAUCUCUGACCAUUGGCAAUGCUGGCUAAGGCUGUUAGCAGUCUGGAGUCUGACACUGUCAGGAAAGUACCUGGUUGAGCUACAGCAAUGUUGUCAGUAUAAGUCAAAUUGACACUUCCAUCGCUUAAGGGAAAAAAAGAAGAGUGAAUAUAAUUAUUUAAUUGUAACAACAGUGACUCAGGACAUGGGAAACAAUUUCAUUGACUGGAGAUUUCGGGGCUUCUUUGGGAGAAUCACAAGGAGCGAGCACUUGGUGGGAAAUGGCAUCAAGAUCUUCUACGGGAAGCAGUUAAUAAAUGGAAUAAAAAACAAAUUAUCAGAAUGCCUCUGGGCUGCAGUGGCAGAUAUAGAGCAGCAUAGUUAGGAUGGAGGCUGUGAAGCUACAAGCAGGUGGUUUUAGCCAGGCUAUUUUCCAUGAUGUCCAAAUUGAUCCCUGACAAAGGUGGAGAAUUUCCAACUGUUUCCUUUCUAUCCUUCCAUAUAUUGGUGGCUUCAUUGGCAUUCAUAAUAGUUCAUAACCUUUCCCCCCGCAUUUCUUCACAGUGUGCCAGAGGAGUACCUCAACAGAAGGUCCCUUGAAUUGGUGGAAGCCUUACGGGAACAUCCCCAGAACCCCAAUCAGAUCUUGAUUGGCUACAGCAAGGGCCUCAUUGUCCUCUGGGACUUGAUAAAUAACAAAGCGACACACCAUUUCCUUGGCAAUCAGGUACUAAUACCUUCUGGGGCUUUGAGUUGCAGCCAGGAAAGCUUUUCAUUCCUGGAAUAUACAGCAAGGUGCAGGGAGAAUUCCGUAUAGGAAAACAGAACAGGAAAGCCUACUUGAGCAAUUAAUUAUGUAUUCUAUGUAGCAUGUUGUAAUGGAGUCCUAGAACCAUUUUUUAAUGCAGAUGUGGAAGAGACUAACCCAGGAGGUGGAUGCUUAACCCUGUAGUUCAUUUACACAAAGUCACCCUGAGCUGGCACACAUGAAGUUAGCCCCUGGGCUACGGAUCUUCAGUCCUUAGAAUAAGAUUGCAUCCAUAACUCUGUAUAAACUGCACAUACCGCCCCUCUCCAAAUCCAGUUCUAUGUUUGGAAUAAGCUUUAAGUCAGGCUUGCCAGAAGCCACCUUUUAGUUUCUGACCCUUCAGCCGGGGUACUGUAAGCGCAAGUUUUUCCUUUGUUCCCUCAUAACGACGGCUAAGAAACUUACUUCCAUUCUCUGAGACUUGCAUGCAAUCCCGUCCUCGUGAUGGUCAGGUGGCCGAAUUCUGUGACUAGCAGAACACACACGGUUCUUGGUGGGGUGUUUCUUCUGAAUUGGACCGCAGUAGUGGUUUUGAACUUUUGUUUGCUGUUUCUCCCUAGCAACUGGAAAACCUCUUCUGGCAGAGGAACGGCCACCACAUCAUCAGCUGCCAUUAUGACGGGAGUUAUGCCCAGUGGCCUGUCUCAAGUGAUGAUAGGCAGCCAGAGCCCCUGGAAAGCAAAGUGCCUUACGGUCAGUAUGGGCGGGGGCUGGCAGUGCAUGCCUUCGGAACCGUACAUGAUUUGACGUGUGUUCAGAGCAGCAAGUCUUUACAACAUGGGACCCACCAAGCUGAAUGCUGCCCGCUUGAGGCUCAAACGUCUGAAUUGUGCCUGCCUGAGGCGGCAAAAACAAGAGAAUUGUUAUAUUGUAGCCUGCCGAAAUCCAUAUGCCAUAAAAUAUAUUUUGUGUAGGCCUUAAUUAGAGCACUGAAUUGGAGCAGUGCCCUGGGUGGGUGGUGGCAUCUGAGGACCAAAGUCUUGCUAAAGUGAUGGUGGCUUUCCAGACUUUGGAAUGCAGGAGCCAGUGGGAAAUAGUUGGCUUUCUACUGUUAGGGGUGUCUUUAGUGAGUGAGUGGUCUGUUUUUAGUACAAGUAGUUUCUCUAUUGUUUGGUUCAUAAGCAACCUUUAUUAUUCAUGGUGCUUCUGAUGGCACUGUCUGUGUGGAUAGCAAGACGAGGUUGUCAGGGCAAAGUUAUGUAAUGAACACUUUCUUUUUCAUAUGGGAAAAUUAGGGGCGUGCUGCCAUGCCGUGUCAGGUUAAAUGAUAAAACUAAAAGAUUCUCCAGCUACUUUCAGUCGUGUGGAUUUUUGACUAAAAUAAUUGUCUUAGAUUUGAAAUGGUUUUAUAUGUGCAGUUGUUUUUAUAUUUGUUUAUUGCAUUGUGAAAUUGCUUUGUGGUGCUUCACAGGUAGCGAUACAUAAAGAAAUAAUAAAUUGACAACAAUAUAAUAAAAUAAGCAUUUAUUUAAAACAUGGCAUCUUCUUUAAAAAUCUGCCCUUCUAGGUCCUUUUCCUUGCAAGGCCAUCUCCAAGAUUUACUGGCAAACAACAAAGAAUGGGUAGGUACUUUGGCAGAUAUUACAAUGCUGCCCAUUCUCCUAAGAUUCUAGAGUGACCUUUUAGUAACAAGAGCUGAGCUGCUGCUUGCUAGAAAUUCUGCAGCUGACUGAGGUGUCAGCAAAAGUCCUCUCUUUAUAAUCUGAACACUGAAAGCUGAUCCACAUAAUGGAAGGGCAGUUAGAAAUUGCCUGCUCUUUUCAAUCCACUCAGAAAUAAUACUGUCAUAGUUUUUUUUAUAUAAAAAAAUUAGGAUUUAUAUCUUACAUUUUACCAUUAAUUCCUUCCUAGGUGGCUUACAAACAAAUAAUCCUAAAACAAUAACAUUCUAUAUCUGUAGCAAUAUAAUUAAAAAGGAGAUAAAAGCAAAUAAAAACAGCUAAAAAGCAAACACAGUGAAUAAUAAAUAUUAUGAGAGAACAGGUGGACUUCUUGAAACAUCUAAAAAAUGAUGUAUUUGGUUCUAAGUGAUUCUGCUGAAGGAGACUCUUCCACAGUUUGGGUGCCACAAUGGAGAAGGCCCUCACUCCGCUGACCACGGUUCUGACUUUUUGAAAGAGGGAAGGGGGCACACAGAGAAAGGUGCUUGACAAUGUUAAUUGAUGGGUAGUGAAAGCUGGCCUUGAGAUCCUGUGCCCAGGCCACUUAGGACUUUAAAGCAGCAAAUUUGUGCUUCUCUGAUUGCUGGAGACUUAAGAGAAAUUCUAAAGAUUCAGGGGAAUGCAUUUUGCCACAAGAGAGAAUUAUUCUGUCUCUGCAGUGGUUUGAUUAGCUUGUAGCAUGAAAUGCUUUUAAGUUGGAGGAAGGUACCUAAAUUGUAUAUCUGUUACAUUUUCUUUUUCUCUAAGGCUUCCUUACAUUAUAUUUCAAGGAGGGAUGCCACGCGCCAGCUAUGGUGACAGGCAUAGCAUUUCUGUCGUUUAUGGCAAUCAGCAAACUGCCUUUGACUUUACAUCGCGAGUGAUAGACUUCUUUGUUAUUGCCAACGCAGAUCCACUUGCAGGUAUGUGGAGGAUUUUGAUUUCUUGGGGAGCUUUAGUUGGAACUACAUUUUACUUUGAGGGUUCAGAUUCUGGGUGUUGCUUGGAGUUGAAAUACCCAAUGUGUUAUUAUUAGCGCCCAGAUUUGGGUGAUCAUUGUGGAAUACUAGUUGUGUGUUGGAUUUUUUUGUUUUACAGUAUUUUAUUUUUUGGUAAGCUAGUAAACAGAAUGAUGUUUUGUAUUUAUAGGCUCCAUCUUUUGGGAGCUAAAAAUGUAAAGCAUUUUGAUAGAAAUCUAGAGAACCUUGAUAGCAAUUACAGCUUUCAGCUGUGAGAAUGAUCAUUGGAAAUCUUUCAUGGGGGUAGGAUGCUGUUUCAUAUUGCUAAAUCAAGUAGAUAUUACUGAACUUCAACCCGCAUCAUCACUGACCAUAAGCCAUGCUAAAUGCAGCUUAUUUGUUUAAGAGUUUUUAUACCUCUUGGCUAACAACACAGCAUACAGUAUAAUUUAAGCAGGAAUAUAAAACAGGUGUAAAACCAUAUAUCCAUUAUAAACACAGCAACACUAAGUCUAAACUCCAACCAGCACCAGCACCAUAAUAUUCCCUAUAAGUUGGAAGUUCGGCAACAUCUGGAGGACCACAGAUUACCCACUAUUACACUAGAGAUUCUUCAUAUUUUGCAUCUGCAGUGCUGCCCUUAAUUACUCUCUGAGACGUGUAUCAAUUUCUUGAAAGUAUUUAUACACUGUUAUGAAAAGUGCUCAGUACAAAAAGUGCUCAGCACAAAGCUCAACUAAACAGAUUGGGACAAAUGGCUGGCAUCCAUAGCAAACACUUCAGUAAACAGGUAAGUUUUCCACGUGUGCUGAAACUGCAUCACUGUAGGCAUAUGACUCAUUUAGUUUUACAAACACAUGGCUAUUAGUGAGAAGGAAGUCAGCCCAGUUCUCAUUGUCUAUGAAAACAGACUUUUAAGGUGAAAGGACAAUAUUUUACCUUCCUGCCACAGUGGUACCUGUUUAUCUACUUGCCCUGGUGUACUUCUGAACUGCUAGGUCAUGGGGAUUCGAACCGCCGACCUUCUGAUUGGCAAGCCUAAGAUUGCUUCUGGGCAAGAGGAGUGGUGUUAGGUGGAGUUCCUCAGCAUUUUGGGUUUGAGUGAUUGUCUCCCAACUUGUUGUUGCACAGCUGUUCAUACAGGCCACGUGUGCAACAGGGCAUACAGGAACUGAAGAAGGAAGUGCUACAACUGCUGCAGGCUUAGCCCAGGAAGUCGUUCAGUCAUCUGAGGUUCCUGUGGUUGGCCAGCUUCCCUGUAACUGACCGCUUAAGCCUAAUGGGAAUCUGCCUUGGCUCACCUCACAUGCUCCUUCCUUCGCUCAACAGAGUGUGAGAGUGGGCCACUCAUUGUGCACCAAAUCCACUUAGGUUAAUGUGUAAUGCUUAUGUAAUGGCUCUGGUGGUGUUGGGAAGCUAUUAUUUCACUUACCGAGUGUCCGUGCUGUGGGCAAGAUGCUUUCAGAGCUGAUCAUUUGGGGUGACUUCUUACAAUGCGUUAUGUAACUGGAGAGGUGGAGUACAGAAAUGCUUUGUAUCGUGUCAGUUGUGUGUAAAUGGCUGCUUUUCCUGUCCUCUUCAUAACACAAGAGCAGGGCUUCUAUCUUUUCCAGUAAGUGGGGCUGGAAGGGCAGAAAGCAGUCUUUUUUUGCAAUUGGUUUGCUACUAUAGCUGGAGUACAAUGUAUGCCUGCUGUCUCUGCCUCGGUACUAAAUGCACCAUUAGAAACGACUCUCUGAGAUUGCUUUGUGCUACUACUUGGCAACUUCCAAUGAAAAGGAUACACGAUCAACUAUGCUCAGCAAAGAUGACUUUGCUAGCAACAUUAACUUUCAAAGCACUUGGUGCUUGGAAAUUUUGCAAAUAAGGGGUUCCAAAUAAGUUGUCUUAAGCUUUUAUCCCUCCCUAGUAGUUCGAAAGCACGUCAAAGUGCAAGUAGAUAAAUAGGUACCGCUCCGGCGGGAAGCUAAACGGCAUUUCCGUGCGCUGCUCUGGUUCGCCAGAAGCGGCUAAGUCAUGCUGGCCACAUGACCCAGAAGCAGUACGCCGGCUCCCUCAGCCAAUAAAGCUGUCUAGAGUUGUCCGUGACUGGACCUAAUGGUCAGGGGUACCUUUACCUUAUGCUGAAAUGUGAAAACUGGGGGCAGUAUCCAACUAAUUCGUUCUGUCAGCACAAGGGUUUCUGCUUGCAUAGUGGAACACCGCCCCCCCAUGGACCCCCUAAAUCUGUUAUGGGUUUUCCCCCAACCCUCCAGAGCAGAUUUGCAGCAGGUGUGAGAUGCACAUGGGGGAGGGGGAAGUUCCUUUGUGCAAGUGGAAUUCCUUCUGCUGAUAGAACAAAUUAGUUGGAUUCUGCCCUCCCACAAACCCCCAUAGCUUAAUGUUCCAUAGAAAACAAAAGGCUAGCAUGUAUAAUAAAUAAAGAGACACUUGAUUAGUAUACCUGGCAUCCCCAUAUUAUUUGAUUAUUCACACAUUCCAGCCCUAUAUGAUGGAUCGCAGUAUCUAUGGGCAGUGUAGAAAUUGUCAGUGGCAACAGAUGCUGAAGAACCUUUCUUUAAAAGGAACAGGGUGUUCAGCUCUUUACAAAGGCUCUCUCCUGAUUAGAGAGUCAUUUGUAUGUUUACUCAGAAGCAAGUCCCGCUGUUUUCAAUGGUGCUUGCUUCCAAAAUAAGUGUGUGUAGGAUUGCAGUUUUAGUCUGUUACCCGUAUGAGUGGUGCCUGUUCAUUGAUUGGCUAAAUUUGCUUAAGCAACACAUAAGCAACACAUUUCAAGCAAAUUGCACCCUUCUGUUGGACUGUGCCUGCUCUGCAAUAUAGGUGCAUACAUCAAAAGAGACAUUCUGUCCUAUGUCCUUUUCUUAACAUAGUGGUUCAUACCUCUGUUAAUGUAUAUAAUCUGCUGUGAGGUACCGUAUUUUUUGCACCAUAACACUCACUUUUUUCCUCCUAGAAAGCAAGGGGAAAUGUCUGUGCGUGUUAUGGAGGGAAUGCCUACGGGUGGCGGGGGGGGAUCUGCUGCAGUCGUGAGCAGAGGAUCCAUGGUUCCCCUUCCUUCCCUCCUCCGUGGCUCGCUUUGAAACAGCAAAGCGGAGAAGAGCCGCUGAGUCGGGAGGAGAGAGGGACAGAGAGCCUGCUUCUUUAAAGGAGCAAAGCGGGAGAGGAGAGGAGCCGCUUACACGAGUGUAAGCGGCUCCUGUCCGGUUGGUUCCUUUAAAGCAAGCAGGCUCUCUGUCCCUCUCUCCUCCCCACUCAGCUCGCUACAUAGCAGCAAAGUUUUUCAGCUCGCUAAGCCGGGGAUGAGCGGGGAGGAAGGAGAAAAGCAGAGCCUGCUUGCUUUAAAGGAGCAAAGUGGGAGAGGAGAGGAGCCCUCUUCUUCAUUAUUAGCAGCAUCCUUCUCCACCCACCCCACACGUGCUCCUUCUCCCCUUAAACCCCUCGCCUGCAUUAUUAGCAGCAUCCUUCUCCACACACCCCACGCGUGCUCCUUGUCCCUUGAGUGCUAUUCCUUCCCUCCCCACUUAAAAAGUAGUUACAAAGCACGGAUCCACAUGGAUCCUCAGGAUUUUUGCAUUGGGCUACUCCAAACUCACUGUCAGAUCACAUGUCUGUGGCCACAGCAUGAACCACAAAAAUCAUACAUCCACUGUUUUGUUUAGAAUAUUUUUUUUCUUGUUUUCCUCCUGUAAAAACUAUGUGCGUGUUAUGAUCGGGUGUGUGUUAUAGAGCGAAAAAUACGGUAAUUGGGACCAUUUUUUUAAAGUCUUAUCAGAAGAUAUUAGUUGCUUUAAGUUUAAAACAUGCAGUCCUACUCCCUUAAAACCUACAUGCGGUUUUAAAAUGACAAAUACUGAAAUGAUAAAACAUAAAGGGAAGUUGUUUAGGGAAGUUUUUUAUGUUUGAUGUGUUAUCAUGUUUUUAGUAUUCUGUUGGGAGCCGCCCAGAGUGGCGGGGGAAACCCAGCCAGAUGGGCGGGGUAUAAAUAAUAAAUUAUUAUUAAAGGGACAUUUAGGAGGAGGCUUUUUGUUUCGUUUCAAGGAACAGCCUUCUGGAAGCACAACACACCCAACAGUAUGCAUUAACUUGGUGCAGACAAGCGCUUGCCGAAUUGCCUCUAUCCCUUUUAAAUUACUGUAAUACUUCAAUUAGUUUAAAAUCCACCGGUAGCCCCACCCCUGGGGAAGGUGCCAUCCAGAACAUGCAGUUGGGCAGAUCUCCAGGGCCAGAUGGCUUAACCUCAAAAUAUUAUAGAUCCUUGAAGGACUGGAUAAUUCAACCACUAAAGGAGGUUUGUAAUGAAAUUUUGGAGGGGAAAAAAGCGCCAGAGUCGUGGAAGGAAGCUUAUAUUACACUAAUACCGAAAAAUGAGUCUGAAAAGACACAACUUAAGAACUACCGCCCCAUAUCCCUGCUUAAUGUGGAUUAUAAAAUUUUUGCAGAUAUUUUGGCUAAAAGGUUAAAAAAAGUAUUAGUGGAGGAGAUUCAUAAAGACCAAGCUGGCUUUCUCCCGGGUAGACACUUGUCUGACAACACAAGGAAUAUAAUCAACAUUUUGGAGAAGUUCUAAGUGAAUAUUAAUACUAAAGCAGUUUUAAUUUUUGUGGAUGUGGAGAAAGCCUUUGACAAUAUUUCUUGGAGUUUCAUGAAGAAAAAUCUUCAGGGGAUGGGGUUGGUCAAGGGUUUGAAAAUGGUAUAAGUGCAAUUUAUUCAGAACAAAAGGCUAAACUAAUAGUUAACAAUGUGGUGACAGAGGAAUUUAAGAUAGAGAAAGGGACACAACAAGGCUGCCCAACUUCCCCAUUGCUUUUUAUUUCGGUCCUGGAGGUUCUGCUAAAUAUGAUCAGAAGGGACCGUCUGAUCAAAGGUAUACAGGUCGGAGCCAAACAGUACAAAUUGAAAGCUUUUGCAGAUGAUUUAGUAUUGAUGUUACAGGAGCCAGAAUCUAGUACUAAAAGAGUAUUAGAAUUGAUUCAGGAAUUUGGUCAUGUGGCAGGAUUUAAGUUGAACAAGUUAAAAACUAAGGUGCUUGAGAAAAAUUUAACACCGAUUGAGAAAGAGAGGUUUCAGAAGGAGACAGGUUUAACAUUGGCUAAGAAAGUAAAAUACCUGGGGGUUAAUAUGACCGCUAAGAACUUAAACCUAUUUAAAGACAAUUAUGAGAAAUGUUGGUCAGAAGUGAAAAAGGAUCUAGAGAUAUGGUCAAACUUGAAGCUUUCCUUGUUAGGUCGAAUUGCUGUUAUAAAGAUGAAUGUAUUGCCAAGAAUGUUAUUUUUGUUUCAAUCAUUGCAAAUCUUGGACAAAAUGGACUGUUUCAAGAAGUGGCAGAGAGACAUUUCUAGAUUUGUUUGGCAGGGCAAGAAGCCCAGAAUAAAAUUUAAAAUAUUAACUGAUGAAAAGGAAAGAGGUGGAUUUGCCCUGCCAGACCUUAAACUUUAUUAUGAAUCAGCAGCUUUUUGCUGGUUGAAAGAAUGGCUGCUUCUUGAAAACACUGACAUUCUGGAUCUAGAAGGUUUUAACAAUGUAUUUGGAUGGCAUGCAUAUCUGUGGUAUGAUAAGGUCAAAGCACAUAAAGCAUUUAAAAACCAUAUUAUCAGGAAAGCACUGUUUUAUGUUUGGAUAAGAUACAAGGAUUUAUUGGAAAAUAAAACCCCAAGGUGGCUGUCACCGAUGGAAGCGAAAGCUCUGAAAAAGCUCAAUAUGGAGGCCAAAUGGCCGAAAUAUUGGGAAAUUUUGGAACAAGAUGGAGAUAGACUGAAAUUACAGAGUUUUGAAAAAUUAAAAACAAAGUGCGAGACUGGCUUCAUUAUUAUCAGAUAAUGGAGGCAUACAAUUUGGACAAGAAAAUUGGCUUCCAGGUGGAAAAAUCAAAAUUGGAAACAGAACUGUUAGAACCCAAAACUAAGAAUUUGUCAAGAAUGUAUAACUUGCUGUUGAAAUGGAAUACUCAAGAUGAAACGGUGAAAUCUGCUAUGAUUAAAUGGGCACAAGAUGUUGGACAUAAUAUAAUGAUGGCUGACUGGGAACAGUUAUGGACCACAGGUAUGAAGUUUACGGCAUGUAAUGCCUUAAGAGAAUAUUAUGAAAAUGAUAUACAGGUGGUACAUGACACCAGUCAAGCUUGCAAAAAUCUAUCACUUGCCCGAUAAUAAAUGUUGGAAAUGUAAAGAAACUGAAGGUACACUCUUUCACCUUUGGUGGACGUGCCCAAGGAUUAAGGCUUUCUGGGAGAUGAUCUAUAAUGAAUUGAAAAAGGUAUUUAAAUAUACCUUCUUGAAGAAACCAGAGGCCUUUCUCCUGGGCAUAGUCGGCCAACUGGUGCCAAAGAAGGACAGAACUUUUUUUAUGUAUGCCACAACAGCAGCAAGAAUACUCAUUGCAAAGUAUUGGAAGACACAAGAUCUACCCACUCUGGAAGAAUGGCAGAUGAAGGUGAUGGACUAUAUGGAACUGGCGGAAAUGACUGGCAGAAUCCGAGACCAGGGAGAAGAGUCGGUGGAAGAAGAUUGGAAGAAAUUUAAAGCCUAUUUACAGAAAUAUUGUAAAAUUAAUGAAUGUUAGAAUGAUGUUGGAUAGAAAGUAAGUAGUUUCUAGCUGUAAUACUAUAAGGGAAUAUGAAAAAUGGAUUACUAACAGGUAAAAAUUUAAUGUUACAAUACUUUAAGAUUAAAGACUUGGAUAAACAAAGAGGGGAAGGAUUUGCUGAACCAACAAACCGAACUGGAAUACAAAAAAGGGAGACAUGAGGAGGUCCGGGAAAUAAGCUAAUGAAAAAUAAGUAAUGGAAAGAUUGAGUUGUUUUUAACUAUUUUUAUUUUGUAUUUUUCUUUUUCUUUUUUUGUAAUAUUUUGAAAAUUUCAAUAAAUAUCUUAUAAAAUAAAUAAAUAAUAAAAUCCACCGUGACGUCUUCUUUUUGUUGCAAAGGUGCUGUGCAUCUCCAUGUUGGAGGAGCCACCUUUUGCCAAGUUCAUUUAUAAUGGAAAACAAUACGACAUGUGAUUCUGUGACACAUUGUGCAUUUUGCUUUCCAAAAGCAGAGCAGUGAUGAGUUUCUGGAGCUGCCUUCAGAAGCGGCUUUCUGUUUGUAAUGAAAUUCUUCUUGUUCUCAAACGGAUCAACCGCUCUCAGAACCAGCAACGCUGCUACAUUUUAAGCAGCUUACUUUGCUGGGAUUGGCCUAAGUUCCUAGAAAUGGUCUAACAUACCACUAACUGGGUCACUGCUGAGCAUGCACAAUGCAGCCUGUCUUUUAACCGUUAAAGGAUGGCAGGUGAAAAGAGUCACAUAGCCCACCUGCUUGCAUCGGGUCCUUGAUUUCCAGUUCUCGGUCAUUUCACGUGACAUUUUUUACUCCAUAGAUAAUCUUGGAUAAAGCACAUAAAUGGCCUAUUAGGGAUGUCGGCGAUUGCACCACAGGAACUUGGAUUGGGCAGAAAAAUAAAACUUGCUCUUCAGAGACGUGCACUUCGUUGUUGUUUUUGAAGAAUUUAUACCCUGCCCUUCAGCAGGUUUCCAGGCAACUUUCAAAGUGAACAUUUCAAUACAGUGAAGAUGAAAGCAGACAUGGAAACACCGUAAUAUAAAAGAGCAGCAUAAAGGAAGCAGGAGUAAAAACAAAAAUUCAAAGCAGCUUAAAAACAAAGCAGAGAUGAUUGCAGGGUGGGGAGCCCAUCAGCUAAGUUUGACACAGAGUAAAACCCACUGGAAUUAAUAAACAUGCCUAAGUUAAUGAAUUUCAAUGGCUCUACUCUGCGUAAAGCUUUUGAAACUACUUUUUUGACUGGGAAAAUAAAAUAUUUUUGCCUACUGCCAAAAAGACACCAGAUUACGCUCUAGUCGGGCUUCCCUUCAGAGCCAGAUUUAGGGCAGUGCGGUUGGUUCCCUCGCACUGGGCACCAAGCCGAGGAGGGUGCUGUAACUAUGAUGCAGUGCAUGUGCAGAAUGGAAGGCGAAAGGUAGGGACACCGAAUUUUGGUCUCACACAGUGCACUACUGAAAUUUGAAAGACCAAAGUCCACCUUUGCUCCCUUGAAGAGAGUAUUCUGCAAUUGGAGUGAACCACUGAGCAGAGCAGUCUGUUUCCCGCUUCAUGUGGCCGCACAUGAAAGCAAAUUGUUCUGGUGAAGGGCUUUGAAGCCGAAAUCAACACUUUCACUUGAGCCCUGGAACAAAUGGGGGAGACGGUGCAAUUGACGAAACCACAGGCGUAAUGUGCUUUUGAAAAUAUUUUAUUUUAUAUGUACUUAAUCCAUUUAAAAUGUUUUACAUAUGUGUCUUCUUUCUUUUUUUUAAAUUGUAUUGUUUUGCUGCUUGGUUAUUUGCCUCCAUUGGGAGAAAGGAAAAUAUAGAAAUUCAAUAAAUAAAAUGUAUAUAGUACCAUCUUUAUAUUUUCUUUUUUGCCAGGGGCAGGUCUGACUGGUUUCUUUUCCGGGGGAUGUGCGGUCUAAACUAGACCCAUGGAAGCAGUGGAGGAAGGAUGAAAAUAGAGACAAGGGUAGAGAAGGGGAGGAAUUGUGUGAUUAUUUCAAGAUCCAUAAUGUAACUAAUAUUGCUGAGCCACAAGCCUAGAUAAACCAUGCUGCUUAUUUGUGUCCACUGAUGAAAGUACUUCACGAUCAUUUUCUCCCUGCUGCCUCUCCCCCAGUGAAAUGAUGGCUACUUAUUGAUUCCUUUUCCUGCAGAAUUUGAUGACCCAUCUGCCAUGGUGGUGCUAGCAGAGGAAGAGCUAGUAGUCAUAGACUUGAUGUCUCCAGGCUGGCCAUCGGUCCAACCCCCGUACCUGGCAUCUCUUCACUGUUCAGCCAUCACAUGUUCCCACCAUGUCUCCAACAUCCCUCUCAAGUUAUGGGAAAGGAUCAUCAGUGCCGGGAGUAAACAGAACUCCCAGUUCUCUAAUAUGGUAUGACUUGCAUGCAUGAACGUUGGAACGGAAUGAACGAGUCCCUUUCAUAUUAAUACUGGAUUUCACACUGCAUCUGAAGUCCUGCUUGAGAGAUAGAAGGCACAAGCAAAGGAUGAGGCCGUUUCAGCGAUGUAAUCUUGCAUUCCAGCCUGAGUACUCAAAGAUAAUUAUGGCCCCCAGACCCAAAUCUGCUUGCUUAUCUCAUUUAUUGCAUUUAUAUCCUGCUUAUCCCUCCAAGAAGAUCAGAUUGGCAUAUGUGGCUCUUCUCCCCUAUUAUCUUUGUAAUGAACCCUGUGAGAUAAGUUAGGCUGUGAGAGACUAGCCUAAGGUCACCCGGUGAGCUUUCAUGACUGGGUGGGAAUUUGAACCUGAUCGCCCAGGUCCCAGCUCAGCACGCUAACCAUUACACCACACUGGCACUCUUGUCCUGGGGCACUCUAGGAAUAAUGCAUUUUUUAAGGUCUCUGCCUUCCUUGGGGAGCAAGGCCUUCUAUGUUCGCUGACUCUAGAGGUUCUGGGGUGCUCCAGUGAGAUCUUGCAGGUCUUUCCAAGUUCCCAUGACAUCUUGCACAGGGGCAUCUCAGACCUGGUGCGUGGAGAGGGCCUUGCUUCCCAAGCAAGACAGAGAGCUUAAAUGCUCUUUUCGUGCUAGGAAAACGCACCACAAAAAGCGCUCUGCUUUGCUUGCUUUUAAUUUGCGGGAUUGCAAUCAGCGGCCUUCAACAGCAUAUGGUUGAAAUUGCUGAAGUGUUAAACACGUGUAGGAUGCAAUGUUAAAGGUAAAGGGACCCCUGACCAUUAGGUCCAGUUGUGGCCGACUCUGGGGUUGCAGCGCUCAUCUCGCUUUAUUAGCCGAGGGAGCCGGCGUACAGCUUCCGGGUCAUGUGGCCAGCAUGACUAAGCCGCUUCUGGCGAACCAGAGCAGCACACAGAAACGCCGUUUACCUUCCCGCCGGAGCGGUACCUAUUUAUCUACUUGCACUUUGACGUGCUUCCAAACUGCUAGGUGGGCAGGAAGGAUGCAAUGUACUGCACAAGAAAACAUGCUGAAUUAUAUUGUUAGUUUGCCUGCGCAACUUGUCACAGAAUUCAGAAAUUUAAUAACUUUAAUUUGGGGGUGUUUGUGGCUCAGGGACUGAGGAUCUGUUUUGCAUGCAGAAGUUCCUAGGUUCAGUCUUGGGCAUCUCUUCUCUGAAACCCUGAGAGCCACUGCCAGGCAGUGCAGCUAGAAGAACCAAUCUUCUGACCUCUGUUUUAAGGCAGCUUCUGUGCACCCCACUCUAAUCUAGAAUUCUGUUGCAAAGGACUCUGGCUCUGAGCUCACAUCUAGAUGCAGACAAGCAAAUUUUACACGUUUUGUACACUGCUGAGAGAUCAGAACACUUGAAGACAAUAUUCUGCACCCUGACAAAGUUGUAGUUGCUGUGGGUUCGGUUUCAGAAAGCCCCAAUAGUUACAGUUUGCAAAUAUUUACAAGCUUUCUGCAGCAGCAGCUGCUUACAGAAAAAAAAUGUAGGUUAAUGGAUUCCUCCCCAUCUUAUAUUAAACCUUAGCAUAAGGAAAUUGGCUAGUAAAACCUUAAGAAUGUAUGCCUUAAUCCAAACAAAGCUUAAUCUGCAUAGAUUUGGUGUUCAAUGCUUUCCUGCUCCCUCUGUGUCUUCAUUGCUUAUGUACUUCCAACUUUGCAUCCAUUCUGUCCCAAUUUCUGUUUUCCUAGCAAUGGCCAAUUAAUGGAGGCACCAGCAAGGCUCCAGAUCCUCCUCAGAGAGACUUGCUGCUUACUGGGUAGGUAUGAAAACAGACGUUUUCCCUCUGGUUACCAUUCUGGAGCUUCUGACCUCACGUUUUGUUUCCACCUCUGCUUAGUCAGUCCAAUACAGCAUGUGAAGAUCAUCAUUUGUGCAACAGCCGUUAAAGUGAUUACCAUUUUGAACUUGGGUAUUUAACACUUCAAUGGUAAUGAACUCUUCUGAAGGCAGAAAGUUCCAAAACAAUUACCUGUUUGUGUGCGUAGAUGUGAAUAAAAAGUCUCACAUCAAGUGGAUGGGAUGGAACAAUCGUUUCGUUUUGCCCCUCCAUAUGUCUUUCUCUGUACGCUAAAUAGGGCUUCGUUGUUGCUUUUCAUCUGGAAUUUAAAAUAUAUGUAUCCUUAAUACUCCUGCAAGGACGAAAGAGGUUUCCUGUCAAGAUCCCUGAUAAGAUUCUCCCAAUUAAUGGUCCAGGCAUCCUGCCAGCCAUGCUAAAAGGAUAACAUUAGCAUACAGGAGCUAGAAUACUCAGUGUCCCUGAGAACCGAAUGUACUGAUGUUGUGGAGAGAGGAUUGAACGUAAGAGCCCGUCACCAGACUUCGUAAAACCCAGUGGGAUACAAGCUAAUUUCUGGAAUGUCGCUUGGUGUAUUUCAAACAGCAAUGAUGCAGGGGGAGAAUUCACGUUGAUUCACCCAAGCAAGCUUGGUGCCUCAAGUGCCGCAGCAUAAUGUUCUGUGUUACUUAUUUAACACUUUGUAUACCACACCGCAAGUUAACGUGGUUUUACAGUUUUGGAAUAAUGGCUGAGGAUGUAAGAAGCAUGAUACAAUAGAGAACAGAGGUGCCAGGUUGCCCCGCAAAUUGAUGGAGGGGACAGAGUGCUCUGGAGGAGCCAGCCACUGGAACUUCGACACACAAGUCGUCGGACAUUGUGUGCAGGGCCACCUCAAGAUCGAGGGGGCCUGUUCCCCUUAAAACAAAUACUGAGGGAGCCGAGGUGUCUUCGCCCCCCACCCCAGUUGAUGCACCUGAUAGGGAAAUGGUAGGAGGAGGGGGGAAAGCCAGGUCAGGUGCCAGCCGUUUAAAACUGUUAAAGAAUGACCAGGCCGAAAGGUCACCACAGGAGAUUGCUUGAGCAGAGGGGAGGAGCCCAAAUGGCAGCUGGUCCCAGCUGAGCUGAUGGAGUGGUCCUUGCUGUCGAAUGGCCACUGAUGGGAGACAACAUGGAUCUAAUUUGGCUGCUGCGAACGCAUUUCUGUGUACGCCCAUCAGAUUAUUCCUGUCAAGAUUUAUUUUAAAUGCUCACUGCAAUUUAUGUUCCUUAAGUUGACUUCACUAAGCUGGACCUAACAAGAGCCUUUUUAGAACGAUAGCCACAAGGAACUAAAUCUCUUUCAGCCUGACAAAAAUAUUAAUAGCCUAAGUUUGUGUGGAAACAUAUAUGGAGAGCAGUUAACUGCCUUGGGUGGUAGUCUUCAAAAAAGUCAGGAACUUCAGGAAAGUCCAGUAGUUAGUAGUAGUUGUCGUCGUAGUAGUAAUAAUAAGAAUAACAAUAUUUAUUUAUUUAUUUAUACAUACAUACAUACAUACAUACAUACCCCACUCAUAUGGCUGGGUUUCCCCAGCCACACUGGGCGGCUCCCAAACAGAAUAUUAAAAGCACGAUAAAACAUCAAAAAUUAAAAACUUCUCUAAACAGGGCUGCCUUCGGGUAUCUUCUAAAAGUCUAGGCUUCCCCGGUGGGCUUGGAAGCAGUGGCAGGCAAGCUUCCCCGAAAGACCCUUUGCCCACCAUUGCAGACAUUUCCUUGCAAUGUGCAGACACAGGGGUGUGGUUCUGGGUAUAUAGUUUUCCUUUGUACUGGGCCGCAGUGAGGUUUUGCAUGUGUGAGUCGGCUAUUCACUCCACCAGAAUCCCCUUUGGUGUGCAUCAGUUCUCCAGCAGUCAAGUCAGCGUAGAAAGGGGAUCACGAAGGAGGAAAGUUUUGUAGCCGCCUGGGCUAUCUGUAUUUAAACAAUUAGCCCAAAAGGAUUUCAGUGGCUCAUGUGGCAAAUGUUCAGUGUGUUCACUUACCUGGAAAGUAAGCAGUGCUGCUGGUGUAAUCUGCUUGCCCCCUUCAUUUCUCCCCCCCCCCCCCCAAAUCAGGCAUGAGGAUGGCACAGUACGAUUCUGGAACGCGUCCGGCGUUUGUCUGAACCUCCUGUAUAAGCUGAGCACGGUGAGGGUGUUCCUCACGGAUGCUGAUCCCAAUGACAAUCUGAACCAGAUGGGGGAGGACGAAUGGCCUCCGCUGCGCAAGGUGAGGAGUCCGUGGCCCAGCUUAAACCUUCCGAAGCCAAGGCCUGCUGAACUGAGCAGCAGAGAAGCUGCCCCGCAGAAAACCUUGCUUUGUGUUGAUAUGGUAUUUUCUUUCUUGCCUGUCUGCCCUGCUAGGUUGGCUCCUUUGACCCUUACAGCGAUGACCCCAGACUUGGGAUCCAGAAGAUCUUCUUGUGCAAAUACAGUAGCUACUUGGCCGUGGCAGGAACAGCAGGGCAGGUACUGAAAUGCACUUGGAUAGGUUUUUGGGCACACUGCAUCCAAUAGCACAGACCUUACUUUAUCUUUUGCCCCCAUCAAUUGGGAAAUGCAGGAGUUUGAACUUCCCUGCAUGUUAUGCCCUGUGUUCUACAUAAACUUUUCUCCCAAUCCUAGUGAUCUGCAGAGUGUAGGAAGCAUUCUGUACAUGUUCAGAUACCGUCAUGUGCAAAUUUCUCCAUGUGUAUUUUGUACCAUCUUCACCUUUGUAACUGCCACCUGUGCAGCCGAUCACUAGUUAAGCUGUUGUUCUGGCUUGUUCAUCUUUGGGGUUUCAAUUUGAAUUUGUUCGCUCUCUAAAUCAUUGUGUUUCUUGGCCAGCUGGAUCCUGGUAGUAGUAUAUAUAGUACGAAUGUGUGUAUAUAUGUCUGUAUAUGCGGCAAUGUCUGUAGGGAAGAUUAAGUCACUAAGUUGAUACUAGGCGAACCAUUCCACUAGUCAGUGGACUGUGUUGACAAUGCAAACUUUCUGGGCUAGUUUCCAGCUUGCAACUUAAUUUUUUUCUAUCUCUGCUCUUUAAUUCCCUGUCAGAGAGCAUCAAGGAGAAUCCUUAGUUUUGAAUUACUGAUUUGGGAUAGAGUGGCCCUUUCCAUGGAAGACAUUUUGACAAUUCCUGCCUCAACACCACUGGCCUAUUGAAAGCCUUUGUUGCUGUUUAGACUGUGGAAGGCCAGGGCAUAGACAGGGUUCACAGAUGCUCUGCCCCAUAUAAUUGGAUAAAGAAGUUCAUCUAUGUCAACGGGGGGGGGGGGUAUGGGGACAAAUAUGCAUGUCUUCUCCUGUGAAAUGCAAAGCUUUUCAAAGAGCCUUAAUUCAGGUUAGAAGAUAGUUACAACUUGCUCUUGGGCUCUCAGCUGUGACGCACCCACUCCUCUUCUUUUUGGCUUUCUUAACUUUGAACUGUAUCAGAUCACCUUCAAUGUUGCAUUUUUAAAUUGCUGCGACCUGUUCAGGAACCUUAAGGUCAGGGCAGGUAAUAAAUCAAAAUAAAUAAUAAUAAUAUACACCAGCUCCUGGCAUCCGAAACACACUCUUCAGAGUAGAUUCCCACUGCACUUGUAGGAGUCAUGCAGCUCUUUCAAAAAACCAAAACAGCACGCCUGCUUGAGUCAUGUGGGCAUUGGCCGCAAAUGUCAGUUCACACUGGAUUGCCAAACGAGCUGCUUUGCCUCAGGGCUAGCAACUUGCCCAACCCACCUGUGAUGAGAAAGGAGCAGCGUGUAGUUUUCUGAAUUAUGACUCUUCUACUGCUCUUUAAAGACUUCGAAUGGGUGAGUGCAAAUCAUCAUGAACCAAAUGGGUAACUCAGUCUCUUGUGCAUGUAACUGCCAGGCCUCUCAAGCAAAAUGUCCUGCCAAAGCUAUGGGCAGAGAAUCUUGUCCACAUUAGGUCAGAAAUAAAUGAAAGCAGUGGAUAGAUUUAGCAUUGCUGCAGGGCAGAAACAUAAAGAUUAUUUUUGCCAAAUAGUUUAGCGAUAAGAUAUUCAUGAACAGUGGUUGUUGCUGUUGUUUUUUUAAAUGGUGUUGUCCUUACAUUCCACUGUAUUUGGGUUUUGCUGCUUCUUUUGAUUAUAUGUUCUGCCUAUCACUUUCAAAAGCUGCCUUGAAAGUAUCUGAAAAGGUGGGGUAGAAAUAAAUUGAAAUAAGACUGCUAAUGCUUCUUAGAUUCACAGUGUGCUACAAGAGCCACUUGGUAAAUGACUGCCUCUGUUGCAUAAUUACAUAAGCCUACAACCUCUUUUCUUUUGUUUUACUUCAAAGUUCAUUACGCUGCAGGAGGGUGUUAAUACACUUAAUCAAAAAGUGAAUUGGGUUAGCUCGAACUCCCCUGCUGCUGACGUGAUGUUGAAAAACGAGUGAGGAAGGAUAUAGGUGAAAUGCAAAAGUAUUCCUCAAUGCUUUUGAGAGUAAAGGCCCAGAGGAGGAAAUGCAUUUGUCCUGGCCUUCGUUCUUGCACAAACUCUGUGGGUUUUGCAAUGCUAAGGUUUCAAAACACACUUCCAAAUGACCUUCUCCCUUUUCCCUACCCUGCCCCGUCCAGGUACUCGUAAUGGAGCUAAAUGACGAAGAAGCAGAGCAGGUGGUUGACCAUUCAGAGGCGGACCUCCUCCAGGAUCAGGAAGGCUAUAGGUGGAAAGGUCACGAGCGGCUCAAAACUAAAGAUGGGCCUGUUCGGUUUGAACCAGGCUUCCAGCCCUUUGUCUUGGUCCAGUGUCAGCCGCCAGCUGUGGUCACUUCGCUGGCCCUUCACUCGGAAUGGAAACUCGUAGCCUUUGGUACAAGCCAUGGUUUUGGGCUCUUUGAUCAUCAGCAGAAGCGGCUGGUCUUUGUCAAGUAAGGGGGUUACUUCCUGAUUUAGAUAGAUAGAUAGAUAGAUAGAUAGAUAGAUAAUUUUUAAAUUGUAUUCCUGACACAGUGUAGGGUUUAGGUGAAAGUCUUGCAUUGAACGUCCAGCCAUUUUCAAAAGCCACGUGCUUAAACAGGGUUUUCCUGCCAGACUGGUGAGGCGUAGUGCUAAGGGUUCAACCAGUGAACUGGAAGUCCUGGAUAAAAAGUUCAGGCAGGAAAUUACUUAGGCAAAGCAUUUUCCUCCCAGCCUUAGGCUUAGAUCUGCAAUAGCUUCUCCUGAUUGUUUAAGCGGGUUCUCACAGUGGCCCUCCAGAUGCCAUAGGAAGCUUGCAAGCAGGGCUGAACACAGCAACGCUCUCCCCGCCUGCAGUUUCCUGAAAAGUGGCAUUCAAAAGCACACUGCCUCCGACAGUGGAGGCAGAGCAGAGCUGUCAUGGCUAGUAGCCACUGACAGCCUUAUCCCUCUCCUUGAAUUUAUCUAAUCCUCUUUUAAAGUCGUCAUGGUGGCCCUCAUGGCGUCUUGCCAGAGCAAGUUGCAUAGUUUUAAGUACGCACUGUGUUAAGAAGUUGUUUUGUCUGUCCUGAAUCUUCCGGCAUUCAGCUUCUCUGGAUGUCCUUGAGUUCUAGUGUUAUAGGAGAGAGGGAGGAAAAACUUCCUCAUCCACUUUUUCUAUACGGACACCAUGCGUCACGUUAUAUGCUUCUGUCAUAAUGGCUCUUUCUCGACUUUUCUCUCAAGUUACAAAGCCCCACUUGUGUGGGGGUGGGUAGGCAGCAGGUACCCCCAACAUAUUCAGGAAUUGGGGAGUUGGAGAGAACUCUGCCUUCCUCCUAGCCCCCACAAAAUGCUGAGAUCCAUCCCUGGCGGCCGAGGAUUACCAUACUCCAAAGCAGGAAGUUGUUUCCUGACCACAGCUUAGUCAACACUAUUAGGCUCAGGCAGGCGUGCUCUCUUGGAGUCCAAAGGUCUUCUCUUCUCCCUUUUGUUGCCUUGGGGACAAAGGGAGGCUGAGCCCUCCCUUCCUCCUGAUCAUUAUGGGGAGAAGGUUUUCCCCACAAAUGUUACAGUACACUUCCGCGAAAUUAAUACUGGUGUGUCCUACAGAGUGAUAAAAAUCAUCAAAGUAAUGCAUUUAAAGUGCUACGUAAAUUCUAAAUAGUAUAAUCCUUGUGGAAUGUAAGGGCAAGGCAGUGUAGCACUGUUUUUGAAAAGGAAAACAAAAACACACCAUCAGAUUUACUUUGAAUCCUCAUGGCUGUUGAGAAACACCGAAAUGGAUUUUACUGAUGGAAUACCUUUAGAGCCUUCUAGGAAAACUUUAGUAAUUGCCAACAUUCCACAAAAGCAAAUACUGUGAACAAUAUAAAGUGUGCAGUUCAGAAUAGUUCUGGUUUUCUGAAUGCUCUCUUGCCUGGUUUGAGAACUGCAGGCAAAAAGCAGCAGCAUUGUCCCAUGUUGCUUUACAUCUGGGAUGGCCACCUCAGAUGAUGUUGGGCUCCCAAGUCCCAUCAGCCAUAGCCUAUGGGCAGGGAUUAUGAGACCUGCAGUCCAACAAGUAUUUGCAGGACUACAGUUUCUUACCCCUGAUGCAAAGCAACUAAAGGCCUUGCCAAUGCCUGUGCACGGUAUUUCAGACCUCUGCGCUGCAAAAUGUGGUAACUCUCUUAAUGGGCUUCCAAUGUGUGGCUGCAACUUGACCAAAAAACAGUUUGGUUUAAAAAGGGAAACUGAGCCAACCCUGUUAAUUUCCUUCUAGGUGUACCUUGCAUCCCAGUGACCAACUGGCCUUGGAAGGCCCUCUUUCCAGAGUGAAGUCUUUAAAGAAGUCCCUCCGCCAGUCCUUCCGACGAAUGCGAAGGAGCAGGGUGUCUAACAGAAAGCGACGAACUGCAGAGGUGAGGGGCUGCGCUGUCUGGGCUUCACGUACAGUGGUACCUCGGGUUACAGACGCUUGAGGUUACAGAUGCUUGAGGUUACAGACUCCGCUAACCCAGAAAUAGUACCCCGGGUUAAGAACUUUGCUUCAGGAUGAGAAUAGAAAUUGCGCAGCGGUAGCAGGAGGCCCCAUUUGCUAAAGUGGUACCUCGGGUUAAGAACAAUUUCAGGUUAAGAAUUUACCUCCAGAACGAAUUAAGUUCUUAACCCGAGGUUCCACUGUAUUCAGCAAAGCUCUGGUGCCACUCAUGACGUUAGAAAAAGCCCCCUUGUACAGUAUUGGAUCUCAGCCUAGCCACUCAUGGCAUUGAUAUGUCAUAUGAGGAGGAGAUUCGGGCAGCUAUAGGCUAAUCCUUUUGGAGGAGAAUUGUGCCGGUUUCCUGGAGUACGGCAAACUUAGUCUUCUGCCAUCAUAAAGAGGUGCAAAAGGAUUCAUUACAUGGCCUUAAAGCAUUCUAUUUUUCAAAAAUAGUUUCUCUUCUUCAAAGCAAGCAUCCCUAUAAGAAAUGGCUUUUUUUGGAACUGGCUUGACUUCUUUUUAUUAAAACCACCUGACACCAGCUAACAUGCAUAUUACCGUAUAAAACACCCCCAUGUAUAAGACGCCCUCUAUUUUUGGGGACUCCAAAUUGAGAAAAUGGGGGGAGAUUUUAUCCGUGUAUAAGACGACCCACAAUUCUGAACAUCAUUUUUUAAUAAUAAAAAAACCCUAGUCCUAUACACAGAAAAGUAUGGUAUAUAUAUAUAUUUAAAGAUGCCAUUUUAUCAUUCUAAUCUCAUUAUCUGCCCACUUGAGAGAUGCUAAAUUGAAUCGGGCCUUUAGUGUGGUGGUCUCUACACUUUGCAAUGGUCUCCCUUACGUAUUAGGCAAUGUCUGUUGUCUUUUUGACACCUACUGCAGACCUCCUCCUUCUGGCCUUUAAAGCACAGAUCUUUAUCUCAAUCUGUGCUUAUAUUGGAACUAUUUUAACUGCUGUUUGCAUUGUUGGAAUUGUUUCCAUUUUCUGUAUGGAAUGGUUUUUAUCUGUUUUAUGGCUGUAACUGUUUUAUUUGCUUUUAUAAAUGUAUAUUUUUUUCUGUUGCAAACUGCCCUGGGACCUUACGGUAAAGGGCAGGUAAGAAAUCUAAUAAAACAAAUGAAAAGGGGUUGCUUGCUUAGUUCUCAUUUUUGUUUUGCGGGCAGGUACAAGAGGGAAUUUCCAGGCAUGAUCAUGACGCAUUGCAGGAGAUAGAGCUAGCUCCUGUCCAGCGGAAGAUUGAAGCGCGGUCAGCAGAGGACUCUUUCACUGGCUUCGUUCGCACCUUGUAUUUUGCCGACACCUUCUUACGAGACAGUGAGUAAGACCAGCUUCUAUGUGCUUGAACAAUAUAUUACACCCACAAAGUAAUGUACAUGGGUAGAUAAAACCAGCAAAGUCUGGCCUGGGGGUAUAAGGAAUGGUCUUGCUUGCUUUCCCUUGGCGAUAUGUGAAACUUUGGCUUAUGGGCUUUGUUAUCUCUGGUCCAGGUUCCCGGCACUGCCCCUCCUUAUGGGCUGGCACCAAUGGGGGCACAGUCUAUGCCUUCUGUCUGCGUGUUCCUCCAGCCGAGAGAAGAAUGGAUGAGCCUGUCCGAGCAGAGCAGGGUGAGUGAAAAGAUCAGACGACUUUCGAUUUAGAUGAAAUAGCUGCCCCCCAGAUUUAGGAUUGAAGGUACCUUUGUAAAAUGCCCUGGUGAUGAAACCAGAGACUCCCAUCAUCCUCUGCCUGUUGGCCAUGCUGGACUGGGGCUGAUGGGAGUUGGAGUCCAACAACAUCCAGAAGGUUGCACGCUUCCCACCACCUGACUCUUGAGAAGCCUUAGUGCUGAAUGUGGAGUAGGGUGUCAGAAUCUGUGUGCGCAUUCUGGAAGAGCAAAACAUUUCACUGCAGGACUGUACCAGCCCCCAGGCAUGUGCUCUGAUUCUUUUAGGAACAGCAUUUUUUGGUAAUUAAUGUGGUUUUCUGAAGGAAACAGUCUUGUACAUAAACACCUACCUAGAAAUGUUAUGAGCUUGGGCAACAGUUUUUACUUCAUUUUAGCCUCUGUACUUUUUUGGAAAAGUCCUUAACACACCAUAAAACAAGCCCAAGGGCUGUUUGUAAAUGUUUCUCUCUGGUCACAAAAAUCUGGAAAAUAUUUCAUGUUUAAAAGUCAGGAGGGUCAUCCAGCCAGACAUAAGAGAUGGAAUUCAUUUCCAUAACCAUAUCUAUAGGACAGUUAUGUGUAUUUUCCUUACGGAUCUAAGGAAGGUGGCUCGGCAGCUUCCCCUUUGGCUUCAUGUGCCAUUAAUCACAGUUCAACCUCCAAUACAGAAGUAGGCAAAGUCCAGAGCUGCUUUGUCUUUUACAGAAACCCACCAAGCAGAGCAAAGUGUAAAAGAUAUGAAGGAUUAAAACACAAAACAAAAUAGGGCAUCUUUGAGCACAUUCUCAGCCUAGGAACUUGUUUUUAGUGCUGGAACUGAACUGAGCGCUCAGUGGUGUCACAAAAAAUGUCUCCUGGUUUGGUUUUCUGCAUUUCACAGUCUUAUUUAGCCAGAAAUAGUUGUUUUGUCUUUGUGGUGAAGCAACUGGGAGCCAGGAACUCUUGUUUAUCAUCGCUAAUCAUCUAGAGAUCUACCACUAGACCCUGACCUUCAUUUUGUCCCGUCCCCUCAAUACCUAUACUUGCCUUUGUACAGUGUAAAAAGUGGCUUUUUGACUGUACCCAAAGAAAUAAUUAUGCAGUUUCUAUGCGGCAUCACAGCUUAAAUACUUCAGUUCUCCUCUAAACUCAAUCACUUUUUAAUGCUUAUGUGUGUACAGUGGUACCUCUGGUUAAGAAUUUAAUUCGUUCUGGAGGUCCGUUCUUAACCUGAAACUGUUCUUAACCUGAAGCACCACUUUAGCUAAUGGGGCCUCCCGCUGCCACCACUGCGCGAUUUCUGUUCUCAUCCUGAAGCAAAGUUCUUAACCUGAGGUAUUAUUUCUGGGUUAGUGGAGUCUGUAACCUGAAGCGUCUGUAACCCGAGGUACCACUGUAUUGUAUUUGUAUCCAACCCUUCUUCCAAGGAGCUUUGAGUACCAUAUGUAGUUCCUUUUGGCCACAACCACCCUGUGUGGUAGGUUAAGCUGAGAGAUAGUGACAGGCCUCAAGUCAGUCGAUGAGCUUCAUGGCAGAGUAGGAAUUUAAACCUGGGUCUCCCCACUCCUAAUCCGAAUCUCUAACCACAAUGGAUUGGGUCCAGUGCUGACGUGCAACACUGGGUUCAGUCCAAUAUUUCCUCUCUGCUGCCCUUUGUAUGUCCAGCAUGGUAGCUUCUCUCUGAACCAAACCUCCUGCCUCAUUUGGCGUGUGCUUUCUGCUGUCUCUCCAGCCAAAGAGAUCCAGCUCAUGCACAGAGCUCCUGUUAUCGGGAUCGUUGUUCUGGAUGGCCAGAGCACUCCCCUUCCAGAGCCGCUGGAAGUGGCCCAUGACCUUUCCAAGAGUCCCAACAUGCAAGGGAGCCACCAGCUUCUCGUGGUGUCGGAAGAACAGCUUAAGGUAACACAAUAGCAUUCUUGUGUAUAUGCAUGCUCUUUGCCUAUUGGAAUAGAGCAGCCAGAGACAUUAUAGUAUGAGAAUUCAUUUCCUCUUGCAGAUCCUUCCUGGAAUUUGCUUGUUUUGAGGUGAUACUUGGUUGUCACCUUUGCUGAAGGGCAUGUUCAGAUUCGGGGAGGUGGAAAAGCAUACUGUAUGCUUGGAAGUUUGCAAAGAUUCCAACCUUCCCUGCCACCUGAGCAGAUCAUAGAAUUAUGAUACACUUUCCCUACUCCUGAAUUUGAUAUUCUGCCCAUAGAUGCUUCUCUAGAAAGUGGCAGAGUUGGGCUAAGGAAAAAAGACUCUGUUCAGGGAUUUUGACUGCAAACCGGCGCUCUGCUUAUUUUUAUGUAUCUGAGGAUUGAUAUUUGCAAGCCCUGAUAAUCAGACUUGAUACGACCUAGCCAUGUGAGAGAUGCUUGCAAAUCCCUUAUGUACAGCAGUGAGCGGCAGCAAAGUUGAGCUACUCCUUCCCUUGCCGCUGUCAGAAAUCCAGGCUUUUUUGCUGCUGAAGGCGGGAGAGAGACUACACAGCUCCUUUUUGGCAGCUAGACUUAAAGCAUGCUGCUUUGCUGCCACACACCAGCAGGAAACUCAUUAUGCAUUGACCGGAGAUUGGAUGGCUCUUGCACGAAUGAAGGAUUUAAUACGCAGCUUGUUUACGUUGGCAGGUUUUCACGUUGCCCAAAGUCAGCUCCAAACUGAAACUUAAAUUGACGGCCCUGGAAGGCUGCCGGCUUCGGAAGGUGACAGUGACCAACUUUGCCAGCUGUAAGAGUGAGCACAGUGAGAAUGACCUGGCUGUUCUGACGAACCUGGGAGACAUCCAGAUCAUUUCCCUGCCUGCACUCAAGAUACAAGUGCGCUACCCCUGUAUCCGCAAGGAGGAUGUGAGUGGCAUUGCCUCCUGUGUCUUCACCAGAUAUGGGCAAGGUAACAACAUGGUCAUCCACAGGUUACCAAGCUCCAUUGUGUUAGGUCUUGGAAGCCUUUCUGCCUCUUGUACAAAAUAGAUAAAUGUGGGGUGGGGGAGAGAAGGGGGAGUUAUUUUGUCCCUCUAUCCACAAUAAUGUGAAAGCAAGAAAGAAAAAUAUUAGUUGGGAUAGUAGUAUCUGCUUUGAAGGUGACCUGGAAACUACAAUUAAUCCAGAAUGUGGCAGCUAAACUGGUGACUGGGAGCAGCCGCCGAGACCUACAUUGGCUCCCAGUACGUUUCCGAGCACAAUUCAAAGUGUUAGUGCUGAUCUUUAAAGCCCUAAACGGCCUCGGUCCAGUAUAUCUGAAGAAGCGUCUCCACCCCCAUCGUUCUACCCAGACACUGAGGUCCAGCACCGAGGGCCUUCUGGAGGUUCCCUCACUUCGAGAAGCCAAGUUAGAGGGAACCAGGCAGAGGGCCUUCUCGGUAGUGGCACCCGCCCUGUGGAACGCCCUCCCACCAGAUGUCAAAAAGAACAACAACUACCAGACUUUUAGAAGACAUCUGAAGGCAGCCCUGUUUAGGGAAGCUUUAAUGUUUGAUGGAUUACUGUAUUUUAAUAUUUUGUUGGAAGUCACCCAGAGUGGCUGGGGAAGCCCAGCCAGAUGGGCAGGGUGUAUAUAAUAAAUUAUUAUUGUUAUUACUACUACUACUUCUACUAUUUUAUUAAUAAUAAUAAUUAAAAUUUUAUACUACCCUUCAUCCGAAGAUCCCAGGAUCGUUCACAACAUAAAAAUACAAAAUGAGAAUACAAAAUACAUAAUAAAACCUAAACAAUCCAGUAAACCCCCUUUUAAAAAUACAUUUAAAAAGCCAUAGAAUGUUAAUCAGCCAAAUGCCUGGUUGAAGAGAAACAUUUUUGCUUGGUGCCUGAAGAUAUGUAAUGAAGAUGCCAGGAGAGCCUCCCGAGGGGAGAGAAUUCCACAAACAGGGAGCCACUGCAGAAAAGGCCCGUUCCCAUGUUGCCACCCUCUAGACCUCACGUUGAGGAAGCACAUGCAGAAAGGCCUGAGAUUAUGAACGCAGGGUCUGGUUCGGUUCAUAUACAAAGAGGCGGUCCUUGAAGUACUGCAGUCCUGAGCUGUUUAAGGCUUUGUAGGUCAAAUCCAGCACUUUGAAUUGGGCCUGGAAACUAACUGGCGGCCACUGCAGUCAGGCCAAGAUUAGUGUUAUAUGCUCACACCAUCUUGCCCCAGUGAGCAACCUGAUCCCCAGCUGAAACUUCUGCACCAUCUUCAGAGGCAGCCCUAUGUAUAAUGCAUUGCAGUAAUCUAACUUAGAGCAUAUUAAGUUAAAAAAUGGUUUACACAGGGGUCUGAAAAGAGUGCGCUUGAGAGAACAUUGCAUGAGAAUCAGACAAACAUACAGUAUUUGGAUCUUUCCAUGCAUAGGAGUCCCAGAGAUCUAGCUGAGAAAUAUUAAAUAGUAACAUGGGAUCUCUUUAAAAAAAUCUGUCACAAGCACCAAGCAUGACUUUGGAAAGUGCUCAUGCAGCUGAGCCUUUGUAUGUUUACUCUGAAGUUAAUUCCAGGUCCGGUCCGCCCCCCCCCAAUUGCCCUUGUUUCAAAAUAAGUGUAUGUGGGUUUGCAGCCUUAAGCUUAGUCUUCUGAGUGAGUAAGAUUUGUAAAAAUGUAUUUUGGGAAACUCUUGUGAGACGCUUUCUGCAUCUGUGCAUGCACAACUUGCCAUUUCUCCAUCUUUCUCCUCUGCAGGGUUCUAUCUCAUCUCCCCGUCAGAGUUUGAGAGGUUUUCACUUUCCCCAAAGUGGCUGGUUGAACCACGAUGCUUAGUAAAAGUACCUGAAAACACAGGCAACAGCCAUGUGCACAGCACACCUGGUGUGGAGAAGGCAUCAAGGAUAUCCAAGUAUGAAUGAUUGUGGCAUUUGUAUUGUGUGGAUGACAGAAAGGGUGCAACAUUCUACUUUGUAUUGCUGGUUUUGUGUGUUGAAUAUGACAUGCGUAGCCAUGGGAACUGCAACAAAGGAGGCCCAUGGUCACUCUGGAAAGGGGUUAGGGUUGCUGUCCUGCCACCAUAUGCACCUACAUGAUCUGACAAUGCCUCUGCUCAUCCCCUAAUGCAGUCAUAGGCAAACUUGGCCCUUCAGAUGUUUAGGGACUACAACUCCCAUCAUCCCUAGCUAACAGGACCAGUGGUCAGGAAUGAUGGGAAUUGUAGUCCCAAAACAUCUGGAGGGCCAGGCUUCGGGGUGCCUGUUUUAAAUGAGUUUGCCUAUGCCUGCCCUAAUGCCAUCCCAAUGUACUGACAAGGCUUUCCUUAUCUGCCACCCACUAUUCAUUGUUCUUAUUGAAGUAAGAAGUGGUUUUAAAAAUGCUGAAGUUGCAUAUUGCCAUAUGUUCUGGUGCUGAGAUUCUACCACCUGUGGAAUGACUCGCCACAAAACAAAGCCUUCUGAGCUGGGUACAACAUACAGUCCCCAGGCUGUGUAAUCAUUUUGUGUGUGCACUAAGUGGGAUGGUUAAAGGGUAGCAGCAAAAUAUGUCAGAACUGGUACACGUCAAUUCUAACUAACCACCUAACCAUCUCCUAGUUGCCAUAAGCGGAUAUGCCUCUGCCUAGACCGCUGAUGGGGGUUCACAUGGGGGAAUAUAUAUCUCCCUAUCGGUCUAUCCCUAGAUGUAGAAAAUCAAUCAGUCGUUUUAUUUGUAUGACAUGUUUCCAAAGCUAAAGCCAUGCUGAAGGCAGAAUACAACAUGUACAAAAUUUACAAGCAUAACAAAAGUAGUCUUAAAGAAAAAAUCAGAACAUAGAGAAGGGUUCUUGUUGUUUUGCUUACUCUUCUUCUUGAUACGUUAGUUUUCAAUAUGCUGGGGAAUUUUAUAAGGAUGAGCAGUCAUGUGAACUCCCACACAAAUUUUGAACUGACUUAAAAGCUGAAGGUUUUUUAAGAGGCAGAAUGUACCUGUCAAAGUAGUGCAGUGUAAACCAAGGGUGCAUGACUUUCUGUGUGCCUAUGAUAAUUGCAUCUGACUUGCAAUGUCUAGAGGGUUGGAAUUGGUUUAUGAUCUUAUCUAAUUGACUCUUCUUUCUAUCUUCUGCAGUAGCAAGGAAUCGGGAUGGAGUACCAGUGAUCCGGGUGCAGAUGGUAAGAAAAAUGUGAAUGUACAGAGAGAAAUUGCUGGUCCAGUGCUGCUUGCUUAGUAAUGUAACAUAACAUCCAGUUUGGAUUACUCCAGUAGUGCAGUACAGGAAACGACCCAUGAAGGCAGGUCAGAAACUCAGAUUGGCUUAGGAUCUAGCUUAAAGGCUGUUGGCUUGUUUCAAUAGGAGGGAUAAUGUCUUAAGAGCUUCAUGGACUACCAGUUUGUUUCUGGACACAAUACAAAGUGCUGGUUGUGACUUGUAAAGCCCUCAGCCUAGGACUUGGGGUACUUAUGUCCCAUGUCAACCUACAAAGUUAAGAUCUUCAAUUGGAGGCCCAGUCUUCUGGAGGCCCAGUCUGCUUGUUUCCUUUUCAAGGUAGGGAACUUUAAAAAAUGGGAGAAGGCAUUUUGUGCCGCAGGAGCAUAGGUUGGUGGAAGUAUAUUUGGUACAGCUGCUUGUAUGUUGGCUUCAAAUUCUAAAAUAGGCUCUUAAAGAAAAGACCAGAUCAUGAUCUUUAUCACUCAGAGGAGUAAUAGAUUGUCAUAAUCGGGUUAACUUGCCCUUUUAAAGAACUUCAAAGGGUGGAUAUGCCAAGCAUAAUGGGUUGUCUUCAACUAUGUUUUACCCAGAGUAGAACCACUGAAAUGAAUGGCCCUAAGUUAGUCAUGUCUAUUUAUUUUAAUGGCUCUACUCUGAGUAGAACUUACAUUGAAUACAACCCAAUAGAUCUAAUUUGGGGGGGCUUUGUGAGUUUCUUUGUAUCGUGGGAAUUGACUGCCUUAACAUUUGUCUGAUUUGCCUUUCAGAGAGGACACAUGGCAGAUUGAUGGAGCAUGCCCUGCUCAAUGAUGAGAGUGAGAAAGACAUGAUUUCUUUCGUGCUAUAGGGGUGGAGGGACGGGCAUUCUGUGGGAAUUGGCUUGAGCCACUUUAUUCACUUGCUUCUGGUUAUUGAGUCUGCUCCCCUCCUUAAUACCAGCAGCCAUACAACAUUAGGUAGAUUUCUCUUAGGGAUGUUGUCUUCAUGAGUUUGCCUCAGUUAGGCAGGCAGUUGACCAGUAACAUACCUGAACAUGUCUAUAUUUGUGUACAGCUGCCCAAUGGCAUCUCAUAAUUGCUCUUUGGUGCUUAGCACAUUAGUAUCCAGCAGACAUUCAGAGUUCUGUGGCUAUUGCACUAGGAGGACUUGAUCUACACAUUGGGCAAUGGAUAUCCCAACAUCAUGUCCACAUCUGUAAAAUGGGAAUAAAUUGUGACCUAUCUCACAUGAAUUUUCGUGAGGGUAAACACAAAGCCUUCAGAAGCAUUUUGCCAUUUUAAAACUGGUACAUUUAAUAGUGAGUAAACUUGCUAUACCGUAGUACCUCGGGUUAAGUACUUAACUCGUUCUGGAGGUCCGUUCUUAACCUGAAACAGUUCUUAACCUGAAGCACUACUUUAGCUAAUGGGGCCUCCUGCUGCCGCCGCCGGAGCAUGAUUUCUGUUCUCAUCCUGAAGCAAAGUUCUUAACCCGAGGUAAUAUUUCUGGGUUAGCGGAGUCUGUAACCUGAAGCGUAUGUAACCCGAGGUACCACUGUACUGACAUAUGUUGUUGCUGGGUGCUUCCAGAGCUGGCAGCUCCCAAUAAUUGCUGUUCUGCUUUAAGGUGGAAGUGGGAUAGCAGAUUUCUAAACACUCUGUAGCCAAGUGGUCAGUCCCUCUUUCCUCAAUUGUUGGAGAGAAGCAAUUUUCAUUGGGAUCUUUGUAUGUAUGGGAUGAGUUAAAUAGCCCCCUCCCCUCACUGAACCUCUGCUGCAAUUUGGGGUGGGGGGAGGGAGAUAAUGACCAGAAUAGUAGCUUAAUAGCAGCUAUAUUGACUAUAAGUAGGUUGGAUUUGAGGGGAAGGAAGUAAAAGCCUAAUGGGGAAAAUGUGAGAGGGGGUCUUUCAAUCACAGUAUCAUGCCAGUGCCCUGUAAAAAGUGACUGAACAAAAUGUGGUUAUUCCACAGUAAAUGUCUGGUGUGGAAGCAGCCAGUGUUUCAGUGUUUAAUUCAGCCAUGAGUGUAGGGUCUGUGGAGAAAUUGCCCCAAAUAGAGAUACCAGAAAUGCUAUUAUUUGUGUACAUGGUUGCCAAAAGAAACAUCCUACGCAUGUUGGCUUCAGCUGGGGUGGACCAUUUUGUGCACAUCUGCCACUAUGCACAUGUUUCCUUUUUGACAUGGCACUACAAAUGCUGGCAUCCAACUUUAAAGACUUUGUUUGGCGAAAUUAUAGAUUUAAAGGAAAAAAAAACCUAAACUUGAGACCUAAGCAACCUUGAGAAACACAAAGUAUGCAACCCUUUUCUCUUUUGAAUGCUAGCUGCAAGCUUUUAUGCCGCAUAGUAUUCUUUCUGAAGUGCAACUGAGCAAGCUAAAAUAAUAUCUGUAUGUCUAUGUUUGGUGUCCUCCUUGGCACAUUGGUUGUGAGACGCUGGCAAUUGUUUAGCACAACAGGAUUGUAUUCAGUUACCCUGAAUCUAAACAAAGUUAUUGCCCAACUUUUAAUCAAAUACAUUCCAGACAUAGAUCUGUUAUAUUAGACAGUAAGUUGAACACAACAUCAUCAACUAGAUGUCAUCCUUCCUUAAGGAUAAAAUCUGAAUUUCAUGACAGCUCUGUAGGAAUGGUUAAAGUUCGUUUAUUUAUUAAUGGUACUUAUCUGCUGCUCAGUAGCAAAGUUACCUGGACAGCUUAAUAGCAAUGAAAGCAUUAAAAUAUAAACCGCAAUAAGCUAAAAUAAAAUGAAUUCUGCAUGAAAAUUCCAGCAAGAGAGAAGGAAAUCAAUUUAAAAGUCCUGUCACAGAAUCUUUGGAAGAUGGGGCUUAAAAAAACAACUGUUCCAACAGUGGAAGUAAAACUGCUUCUUGAAUACUAGAGAUUGAAGAAUAUAUGCACUUAUUUCGCAUGAAUGUUUUUUUCCUCCCUUUUCAGAAGUUCUAAAAGAGAUCCAAAGCACUCUGGAGGGUGGAAAAGGGUGAGUGUCCAUGGUUUCUCUUAGAACUUGGGGAGUUAAAUUGUUCUGUCCUUGUGAUAGAAGGGGAGUGACAUAGUGAACAUCUGAAAACAUGCAUUUAGCAACCCUGAAACCUGGUGGUGUGUUCCCCAAUGGCUUCCUUCACAUUCUCAAAUAUUUAACCUUCUGUUAAGUCUGCUGCCAACACUGAACAGAUUCUGUACUUCUCUGUACAUUGUGCUAUGAGGGUGGUUGUUGUUGUUUUGCUUUCUAAUUAAGAUCUUUUCACCCAACUUGAGUUGAGAUACCCACUAUCCCAAUCUUGUGAAUAGCUCAGGGCAGACGUAAGUCUUUCAUUUUUAGGACUUGUCGACCAGGAAGGAGAUACAGAUCUAAAAACAACAUUAAGUCAGCUGGUGUCGAAGAGGAGGGUGGGUGAAUUGGGUCCCAUGGAUUUACUCCCUGGCACUAGGGAGGCAAUUCUUCUUUUGCAAAAGGAGAACCAGUAGAAUACAGGUUGCCACAUAUGACUUACUUUUAGGAUUUGAUGGGGGGAUGGAAGUGGGAGAGAAGGCGCCUCUAUCUACAGGCAUAUGGAGAUUUUGGUGUUGAGAACCAGAAUGGUACAAGUUGUCUGUCACAGUUUCCAUAUGGCGAUUUUGUCUUUGCAGGAGUUAUAGUGACAAAAACUCAAGGAGAAUUCAAGUAGGACACAGACUAAGCAAUGGAGGAGGUAUGUGGUUAUAUAUGUAUAGCUGUAUUUAGAGAAAACAGUAUGAUUUGUUAUAAAAAUACAUCUUUAUGUAGCUUCCUUAUGCCAAAACUGGUGUCUUACAAACCACGAACAGAAAACUUGAAGCUUCUGCUCAUGGUUUGUAACAGAUCAGUUUUUCAUUUUGUCUGAAUAUGGGAAACAGUAGCUUCCACAAAUAAUAAUUUGUUUAACAGAGAUUUGACCUCAGUGCUUGGCCUCCUCUGCUGUCUUCAUGCAGUUUUGUUCUUGAGAUGAUGGCUGCCAAUGCCUUCUAGAGUAUUUUUAUGUCUCUCCCAUUCCAAUUCACCUCUGCAAAAAAGUACUUGACAAAAAUGAGGAAGUAACUUCUCACUUUUCUCCCAUUCUCUGCAAUUUUCUUCCUUAAAGGUAGACUGCAGCUGGGAACCUGGCCAGAGUUCACUCUAUAAACCAACAGUACUUAAAAAGCAGAACUUGAUGCCCCAACUUGGGCGGCAUGUAGACUGUUCCUCUGCCAGCUCCCACCAAUGAUGUAUAACAGGAGAUAGGGACAUGGCAGAAAUUAUAUGCAACCGUCAAAAGUGUUACUUCAGGAUGCUGAAUGCCUUGCUGUUGUGAGACUGGCAUUUUCAAAACAUUAGUUUGUGUCCAAUUAUAUAUUUGAGUCCAACCAGGCUGGGACACACACACACAUUCUUCACCAAAAACAUACCCAUGCGUUUUCACAAAAGUGCAAUAUGCAUUAGACUAUGCUCAACAAAAGGGACGCAGGUGGCACUGUGGGUUAAACCACAGAGCCUAGGACUUAACGAUCAGAAGGUCGGUGGUUCGAAUCCCAGUGACAGGGUGAGCUCCUGUUGCUCGGUCCCUGCUCCUGCCAACCUAGCAGUUCGAAAGCACAUCAAUGUGCAAGUAGAUAAAUAGGUACUGCUCCGGCGGGAAGGUAAACGCCGUUUCCGUGCGCUGCUCUGGUUUGCCAGAAGCAGCUUAGUCAUGCUGGCCACAUGACCCGGAAGCUGUACGCCGGCUCCCUCGGCCAAUAAAGCGAGAUGAGUGCCGCAACCCCAGAGUCGGUCACGACUGGACCUAAUGGUCAGGGGUCCCUUUACCUUUACCUAUGCCCAAUAAAGCAACAGCCUCUUCAGGUUGUGUAAAAUAAUUCUGCCCUUUUCUCUUCCCAGCAGAAUGAUUGUGCUCCUGCAGUGUCUCCGUGAUGUCUGACGUUUGGAAAGAGUGCCAUAACACUACUGACUACAGGCCCACCAUCCACUGGAAGAGACAUCCACUGACCGUGGCCUUGGAUUCAGUUGCAGGGCUGAGUCUUGCCUGGCCACUCACCUGCUUAUCAUCCUCUUCACUGUGCCUCACCUGAAGCCCUCAUUUUCUCUGAGAUGCCAGCCUUGCACUAAGGCUGGAAUGCUUCCCUUGGCCUGUUUCCCUUCAUGCCUCUGGAUAUGUUUUUGCAAUUCUUCAAUCGUUUGCACAAUUUCUUUUAAAAUAAAAUAUUUCUACUGGGAUGGGUUUUAAAUUAUAAAUAUUACUGCCUUGGGUGCAGAGAUUUUUUAAAAAAAUAAAUACUGUUACCUCUGACUAAGAUUAUUUUUUGUACAUUUUUUUUAAAAAAAAUCAUACUGGGUGUUUGUUCAAUAGAGAUAUUUUAGAAGAGUUCUUUUUUUAAAAAAAAAUCUUGAAUGAAAUAAUAUAUGUCAUUUUAGAUUCCUGUGGCUGCUGUAACUUUUUUUUUCUCCUUCAAAUGAGGAAAUUGCAAGGGGUUUGGGUUUUUUUGGUCAUGUUACUGUUAAGUAGUUUUGCAGACUCAGGUAGAUUCUUAUUUUUGUAGCUGAUCAGAGCUGGAAAAAUUAAUCAAAUUUAACUUGAUUUGUGUGUGGACACUACAUUGAACUGUUGUGAAAUAAACCCGUACUUUUAACAUGCUUUUUAAUUUGACC